GAUAGUACCAAAAGACCGUAAAAAAUAUGCACAUUUGAAGAUUCAUUUAUUUCCAAGUGUGCUUAAUAAAUGUAUAUUUCUCUUACUAUUGCUUGAUAAACCGUGAAACAAUUAUGAUGUUAAAAAUAUUAAAAUUUCGUUUACUUUUUUUUAUUUUAAUGAUACUACAUAUGUCCAGUUCAACCAAAGAUUUCUCUGGUAGGUACUUAUUUAUAUCCCAUGCCUAUACAUGGUAUUCUGGUAGCCUAUAAAUGUAUUAUUAUUUAUUAUAUACAUGUCCAUCUACGUAUGAUAAUAUUUAUUCGAUACAGUGAACAUAAACAAUAAAAGCUGGUAGAGACUUUUAAAAACGUUUCAUUUUUUCCUGCAGGUUAUCCUGUAAAUGGGUGAAAAAUAUCUGUGUUUUUUUUGAUUUUAACUUAAUAUUUUUUUUUAGAUAUAUUUAAAUUCAAUAUGACAAGCGAAACAUAUCUAAAGCGAAUGCAAGAAAAAGGUAUGACCAUAUAAUUGUCAACAUUUACUCCAAUAUACUGUAGAUUUGUAUGAGAUAUUAGAUUUAUCUACCUACCCACAAAAAUAAUAACUGUCAUAUUUAUAAUAUAAUAAUUCAAAAUUUAUAUCAUAAUUUUAUUUUGAUGUGUAUUUAUUCUUAAUGUAAAUAUUACAUUGGUUCCCUAACGUAAACAAUAUGUUUUAUAAAAGUGGGAGAGGUAUUAAAAAUCUAUAAACAACGGCUGAGUAUAUGGUGUGUAGAGAAAGAAGUGUUAUAUGGAAUGAUGAGCUUACUGGUGAGGUUAACCAUAAUAACAAUUAUACGUAUACAAAUAUUUUAGAACUUAAUGAACAACCAUUGGUUAUAAAUACGUUAAUUUUUAGAAAGCUUAAAUACUUAGGUACAUAAUUUGAAUUAAGUAACAACAAAUUCAUUUAUGAAACUUUUAUUUUGCAUUUUUUGACAUUUUUAAUUUUUAAGAUCAUUUUUUGACUUUUUGAGUCAUAUUUUCCUUUUUAGUUUUUUCAUUUUCCGGUAUUUUUAAUCAAAUUCCGUCAAUUAACAUCUUUACACACAUAUUUUUUGUUUUACACAGAUUGUAUAUAUUAUGUAAAAUACGUAAUAUUUUACACAAACUGUAUUAUAAUUUUUUUUAUUAAAUAUAUAAAUUUGUAUGUAUAUAGUAAACGAAUAUCAGUAAUACCAAAAUAAAUAUAAAAAUUAAAUUAGAAACUAUUUAAAACUCUCAAUAGUGCCUAUUCAGUAACUGCUUAUUGUCGUUAGCUGUCUUGUCCUUUUCCUUCAAAUUCAUACUCUAUAAAGACAUUUAGUAAAUAAUGUAUGAGUUUAUAUUUACUCUGUUUUACACCAUUUGUUGCAAUGCUAUAGGUUUGCCACACGUGGGUCAAGUCUAUAGUGAUUAUCUGAAACAAGCGAUGCCAGAAGGUAAAUAUUUAUUUUUUAUUUUUGGAUACAUUUUUUGGACAACUUGCGAAUAGAUUUGCUUAAUUAAAUAAUAUUGUUUUAGAUACUCAACCAAUUACUGAACUAGAAUUUAAAAUAUUAAUGGACAGUAUGUAUAUUUAUAAUAUUUAUACAUAUUAUACUUUUAUAGUUAAUUUUGAUUAAAUAAAAAAUAAAAAAAAAAUGGACAUAUAUCGCAUGAUGGGUGGAGCCACUGUUGUUGUUGAGAAGUUGGGAAAGUGGGAUUAAAAGGGAAUUUAAUGUAUACCUGUAAGGAACAAUAAACCAUUGCUUACAAAAAAACGAUUCUAAGUAGAGUUCAGUUGAUAGUGAUGCUUAUACAAUAUAUAAGUUAUAUUAUGGUAAAAUAAUUAAAUAGCCAUUUUACAUUUUUUUUUUUAAUAAUAUUUGCUUUAUAUUGCAUCGAUUUUCCCAUGUUUUCCCCCAGUUUUCACAUUCACUGAGAAAACUCUUGCGGAAAUCAAAAAAUGACUUCCCUAAAGUACCUUCCCAGUCAGAUUUUCUUUUAGAAAGAGUGUAUAAUUGUAAAUCGGAACAAAAUUCCUGGUAGAAGUUGUCCACAGAAAAAAAUCUUUGUAAAACCAUAAGUUCCACUCAGAGUCUAAAAUACAUAACUUCUUCAAAAAAUGAUUUUUAAAAUUUCAAUUGAAAACUAAGAAAUUUGUAUGAUUCCUUAAAUUAAAAUUAAUAAAAUAUAUUUUAUUUAUAUUGUAUAUUAUACUGAGUGUUUAAUCUUAAGUAAUGCACAUCUCCUUGUCUCUUAUUUAACACUAACAACUUUUGAUUUUAAAAUUGCAUCCUAUAUGAAUAUAUUAAUAUGGUAUUAAAAAAAAAAAAUAUUUAAAAUAUAUUAUAAUUUAUUAAUACAAAUUUAAACUUUAUUCAAUUAAUAUUUUAGGCAUUCCUAGAAUAUAUGAAACGAUGGAAUCAGUCAAUAAAAGAAAUAGUGAGAAUGAAGGUAGUUAAUAAUAUUAAAUAAUACAAUUUUAUAAUUACCAUGCUUUAUACUAAGUAACAUGCGAAUUAAUGUGAAGAAAAAAAAGCAUAAGACGUGAUCGAUUUUUAACUCACUUACCGUGGACUGAUCAACUUGAAAUUUUGCAUGCGUUCAUAUAAUAAUACAAUAAUCAGCAAUGAUAAAACAAAAAUGGUUUUCACCUUAUAUGGCUUUCGGAAAAAAAUAUGAAACAUCGAAAAACGAUUCAUACAACUUUAAUUUGUAUGUUUUCUACUAUAAAUAAUCCGUGGUUAUAUUUAAGAUGUGGACAAAUGAAUACCAGAUAUAUGGCUAAAAAUCAUUUAAUCAUUUUUAAUUUUUAUAUUCUCUAUUCAUAAAACCAACUAAAAAGUAAACAAUAAUAGAAAAUGUUGAUACAAAUAUUUUUCGUGAUAUAUUAUGAACAUAUCGAAAUAAGAAUAUAGUAAAUGAUGAAAUAUAUACAUCUAAACAUUGGGCGCUUUUAGAAAAAAAAAAUAGCUGAUUCUGGGGAUGGGAGCGGCCACUGUUGUAGGUGAGAAGUUGGGAAGGUAGAUACAUAAGAUUAUUUCAUUUAUAUCUGUAAGCAACAAUAAACCAUUGCUUGACGAAAGACGAUUACGAGUGCAGUUCGGUAAUACUUAAUUUGAAGUGCCGUAAUAUUUUUUGCGAUUUUCGUUUAAAUUUGAUUUCAAAACGCUUAUUAAAACAAAAAAAGAAGUCUCUACGUGUAUUUAUAUUUGAGUUACAGCAAAUUCCCAAAAAUUAAAAUUCUUUAAAAGCUCAAAAGUGGCGGAAAAGUUUUGACGACGAGACCAUGAAAAAGUAAAUAAAAAAGGCAACAAAAAAGGUAUCUUGUGAUUUUUCGAUCGAAUCAUUUCUUCAGAUAGAAAACGUCGUCCGUGUUUUUAUAAAAUAAUGAAAUAGUGAAAUUGUAUGUUUCCCUACAUUUUUUUCUAUUUAAGUGCUUUUAUUUAGAAAAAUGGCGUUAAAAAUCAAAAAUUACCUUUUUAUCCAUCUUGACAACUUGAGCUUUCAGAAAAGUUGCUGCACGUAAAAAUCGGAUCAAUUUUACUAAGAAAAAACGUGUCUACAGUCUAGAAAAAAAAAUAAAUAUCUUUGUAAAAUCAAUAGUUCUCUCGCUACGCUCGGAAUCUAAAAACGAAUGAAUUAAAUAUUCAAGUGGGACUCUUUUACUAUGUGAAAAGCACACCAUUUUUAAAUGAAUGUAUGUUAUCAUUUAUGAUUCAAGUAUUCUUAUUCAAAUUAGAUGUUAUCAUAUGUACAACAUAUACGCGAGAAAUAUUUGUAUUAACAGUUUCCAUUAUUAUUUACUUUUUAGUUCGUUUUGUGAGCAUUUAAAAAUACUAUGGUAAAAUUAUUUUUAGUCAUGUAUCGGCGAUCAUAUGUCUACCGCUUCGAGAAAAUGAAAAAUAUGACCGUGGAUUAUUUAUACUGGAAAACAUAUGAACAUACAUCUUACGUUUUUUGACAUUUUAUCAUAUUUUGAUAUUACAAUAUAUGUCUUAGUAUACAUUAUUUACACUUUACAGUCAAAUUUGUUUUGAAUUAGUGUAAUACUGUAAUGAUAAAUUAGUUAUAUUUUAUUUUUAGAAUUCAAAAAACAAAUAUAUACACCGAAACUGUUUAAAUAUUUAAAUAAAUGUAAGUCGAAGUUAUUAACAAUUUAUUAUUUUAUUUAAUUUAAAUACAGUAAAACUUCUAUACAACGGUCACCGAAGGGACCGGAAAUAAUGACCGCUAUUUAGAAGUGACCCUCCUUUAGAGGUGUCGUAUAAGGCAUAGCACUAGAUGGGACCAAAAAAAUGACCUUUACAUAGAGGUGACCGUCAACGGAAGUUUUAUUGUAAUAAUGGAUUUCUCUGCGGAUUGAGAUCAGAAUACUCCCACAGUAUCACUACCUGUCUUACGAAGUGACAAGUGGGACCGUAUCAAAUCAACAAUCUCUGUAAAAUUCUGUUAAACGGUUUGAGGAGUUUUAACAACAGGUGGGAGAAGUGCCAUGGUGCAUAAUGUUUUCAGAUGAUAUAUUGAUAUAGCUUUUAUAGGAGAAAUCUGAAAGAAAUUAACAAUAAGCUUGAGAAAUGAUUGAGAUUAGUACUUGAAGGAAAGGGACUAAGUAUUAGUAGAAGUAAACCAGAGUAUUAGUUUGAAAAAAUAGGACAGUACAAUUAACAAUAUAAGCGGUUAUAGUCGAGGUUGAGAAUUUUAAAUACAUAGGAUCUCUUGUACAAAAUCAUGGUAACUUUCACGAUGAUAUGAAACAUAGGAUUAAGUGUGGGUGGAUAAAGAGAUGGAUCGGGUCAAGUGAAAGUUUAGAAUUAGGGCGAAUGAUCCUAAAUAGUCAGGAUGAAGAUGAAGGAGAAGAAGAAUGUAUAUAUUUUAAUAAUUUACACAAAGUUCAAAAUAGAAUGUAUUUUUUAAAAUUGAAUUGUAUAUUGAUGAUUUUGUAUGCAUGUUACAUAUUAUAAUAUGUUUUGAUUUUUGAAACAUUAUUUAAGUUAUACAUUUUAUUUAGAGUUAAGUUGGUAAAUCAGAACAAUAAUAAAUAUUGUACAUGGCCACGGACGUCAUUUAAAUAUUUUCUAGGGCAGGUUUUCGAUUUGCCAAUCAUAACCCGCCUAUUUUAGAAGCUUAGUUUUCAGAAAAAUUUAAUAUUUGGUUUAUUAUAUAGGGAUUCUAAUGUGGUAUUUUUUCUUCUUUUAUAGUCCCCACUUCCUUAGUUGAUUCAUUUUUCACAGGUCCGUAUAUUUUUCUUAGCACCUUCCUCUCAAAAAUAAGAAGAUUCUCCUCAUCUCUUUGAGCUGUCUACCAUGUCUUACAAGCAUAUGUCACUAUUGACUGUACGUAAGUUAAGUGCCUAUAUAUAUGUCACCCAUGAGUAUUAUAAAACUCCAUACUGGAAAAAACAAAGACGCUCGCUUAGACCGCUAAGUAUACUAACUAUAAUUGAAUAUUAGUAUAGAAUUUAUAUCAAGCACCUUAUCUGCUUUUGUUAAUAAAUGACUUAUUUGAAUAUAAAUAAUCUUAAUUUGGCUUUAUAUAUAAUGAAUUACCUAUAAUGAAUUUUACGUUGAAAAAGAAAAAUAUUCAAAUGUUAUAUCUUUUUCAACUCUUAUAACACUUAAAAUAAUAAUAAUAAAAAAAAUUGUAUUUUAUAAUUGUUUUAUCGUAGAUUAUUGAUAGAUCAUGUUUACCUGUUGUAUGUAAUGAUUAUAUUGUAAUGAUUUGUAUGUAAUUACGAUCCGUAAUAGGUGUCUACGAUAAUAAUAUGUAAUACGAUCUCUAUAGGUGGUUCAUGUGGAUCUGCCAGUCGGCCCAUGUAGACUCAAAGCUACUUUAAAAUCUAGGGUUGGGCAAACGCAUACAACCUACUUCUUCAAACAACGCCUCUGUACAUGACACUCAUUACUUUUAUUUCGAAAUUUCACUGAUAAUGAUAUAAAUUUAGGAACAAUAUUAAGUGAUACAAAAUAACAAUUAAUAGUUAGAUUCUUAUCGUACUUACAAUACAGUACUACAUAUUUAAAACUUAAAACUUUAGUAUCUAAUCAAAAUUUUUCAGUAAAUUGUAUUUUUUUUUUCAUUAUUAUUAUUUUAUUUAAUAUUAUUUUUAUUAUUUUUGAAAUUCUAUUCUAUUUACUGAUUUACAGAUUCUAGAUAACUAAGCUGAAUUUAAUAACAAAUAAUUAAUGUGUGUAAUUGAUUUUCUAGGUUAUCCAUAUUUAUAUGAAUCAUUUGAUCAGUAUACGGAAAGAAUCCAAAAUAAUGGUAAAACUAAUUUGAAGUUAAUCAGUUUCUCGGCUAAUAUUCACGUUCUCACGAAUAGUGGUGUAAUUUUUUCAUGUUUGUGGUGGAGAGGGGGAGAAAGAAAUGUUUGUACUUUUACCCCCCCCCCCCCCCACAAAAAAUUGGUUUUUAUCUUUAUAUAAGAACCCAUAAAAAAUACUUAUAAUAAAAAUUAUAAUAAUAUUAAUAUUAUAAUAAAAAUACAAUUCAAUCAUUAAUUUUUCAAGAAAUAAAUUGGUAAUAUAUACUUAAUAAAUAAAAUUUGAGUUGAAUAGUUUUACAGUAAUUUUUUUUAUCUUGAGCUUUUUGUGUAUAUGUUAGUAGGUGAAAACUUAAAUAAAAAUUUAAAUAAUUAUUUGUUUUAAUUUAGGUUUACCGAAACUCUUUGAUUUCGCCAUGUUCACAGGUUUAAAAAAAUGUAAGUUAAAUUAAGUGGCAUAACGUCUUUAGCUGUUAGGCUAAUAUACUUAAAUGCUUCAAUACUUUAUAUUAUAUUCAUAUAUAUAUAUAUAUGUAAAUUUUACAUGUAUGUAGAAUUUUAAAGUCAAAAGUUUAUAUGCACGCAGUGGCUCUUUUAAGACUUGUUUUUUUAGGGGGGAAGGAGGUGUACUACACAGUUUAGACGUUUAAGUUCGCUCUUAAAUCAUACCAAGUCCAUCAAUAUUGCAUUGAAAAUAUUUGUGACUUGGAAAGCCCUUAAUCCUCUUCUUCUCGAAAAUACGCAUCUAAUAUUUUUUAUUUUAAGUUCAUAUAGUUAUUAUUCCUACUAUAAAUCGAACGAUUGUAACUAUAUACAGACUAUAUAUUGUUUUCAAAUAAAAACUAAGAAAAAAAAAACGAGCUGAUACUGAGGACGGGUGAUACCACUGUUGUAGUUGGGUAGUGGGGAAGGUGGGUUACAUAAAAUUAUUUAAUUCAUACCUGUAACCAACGAUAAAGUAUUGAUAACGAAAAACGAUUCGGAACGAAGUUCGGUUUUAUAUGUUUUAAAGGGUCGUAAUAUUUACAAUUGUCGUCAAAAUUUGAUUUUAAAACUCUUAUAAAAAAAAAAAAAUACAAUUAACUAAAUUUUUCUUUUUUGACCACUAAGUAAAAAUUAUAAUGAACUUCCAUCAAAUUUUUAAGCAUUUCUCUUACGUCUAACAAUUUAUUUACAGAGUAUCUACCAAAUACAAAUUACGUACAAAAACUCACAAAAUGAAAAUGUCUAUAAAGAGCUCAAAAAUAGCUCAAAUGUUCUAAAAGUUUUAUCACGUUUAGAAAAAUUAAAUAUAAGUUUUCUGUCAAGAUUUUAAGUUUAUACGAAUACUUUAAACUGAAUAAAAUUUAAGUAAUAAAAUAAUUAUUUUCGUAUUUUCCCCAUUUUUCGGUGUUGCCCAAUUAAUAAAAAAAACUACAAAGAAAAUCAAAAAAUGAAUAUCUUGGUCACCAACUAGAUAAAGAAUUGAACAAAAAAGAUUUUUAGACGUUUUUAAGAUUUUCUAUUGAAACAAUAUUUCUGGUAGAAAACAUCGUAUAAACAUUAUAAAAACAAUGGAAUAGUAACGCCGCGCCGCGGCGCGCAGUAAAUAUUUGCCGUUUUACCUAUAAUUUUCUCCCAGGGUUUUCUCAAUUAUUUCAAAAACUCUUUGAAAUUAAAAAAAUGAUAUCCCUAAUGCAAAAUGCAGCAUCUAAAAAAAAUUAUCUUUUAGAAAAAGCGCUACAGCCUAUAUUUCGGAACAAGUUAGAAAAUUUGUUCACAGACAGAAAAAAAAAAGAAAAACACAUCAUAGCAAAACCAAUAGAUCCUUCGUUAUGCUUCGAAUCAAAAAAGAUACAGACAUAGUUCACACGUUGGGUGGGCCACUGUUAUAGAUGAGAAUUUUGGAAGGUAGAAUAUAGAGGGGAAUUUAAUGUAUAUCUGUACGCAACAAUUAAUCUUUGUUAAUGAAAUAGGAUUCCGAGUGGAGUUUGAUUAUAAGGUAUAUUUUCCUGGCACCUCCUCCAUGUUGGUAUUUUUAAAUAACCUUUUCACCACUCGUACCAGCCGGUUUGUAUUGUUUUGUAACGUUAUUAGUUUCGUUUGUAGAAAUUUCGUUAAAAUUAUAAAAAUAUAAUUUGUAUCCUAAUUAAGUCUAAUGUUAUUAGUUUCACUUGUAGGGAGGUUGCAUUACUCAUCAUAACAAAUUAUUAAAUAUAUGUACUAUGGACACUAUACUAACAGAAUUUACUUACUGACAUACUAGAUAGGUGUUUUGCAUACCUAUCUGCACAUAAAAAUAUUAUAUUUUUAAAGAAACUAAUCAUAGUAAAACCAAUACAUUGUUCGCAAAAAAUAACAAUAAUAAUGUGUUAAAUAAAAAAAUAAAAAUCAUAUAAUGUUUAUUUUAUAAGUCCUAUAUUUGUCAAUAUUAGUAUGUAUAAUAUUUUUGUUAUCUAUUUCUAAAAAAGGGGUAUGAAAAUAAUGGAUACCCGAUAGGGAAUCAUAAUCGUAUUACAAGGUAAUACAGUCAAACAAUGACUAUUUUUACAACUUCUCUCAGUUUUUUUUCAAGUUAAUAGGAUUAUAAAAAAAUGUAAAUAUUAACAGAUGUUUGUCAUAAAAAAUUGUAGGACACCUUAUAUACAGGAUUAUUCACUCAACUGAAAAUACUUAUCUUGGAAAGUACAGUCGAAUCCGCUUAAUAGAGACACCGGUUAAUAAGGACAACCGCUUAAUAGGGACAAUUCUUCAAUUACGAAAACAAAUGUAUACUUGUAGGGUAAACGUUCACCGCUUAUCUGGGCCACGAAUUCGGAUAAUUGGGACGUUUUUAUCGAGUAUAUUAAUAGAUCAGUAGUUCGAAAAUCGCGACCGACUCGCGUAAUCGUUUAAUAGAUUAAAUUUUAUCUUAUCAUAUGUUCACAAAGGAAAUUUUUCCUCUUCGUUGAAUUCGUUGAAUGUUAUUUGGUGCAUCAGUCGUGUUUGUCGCGUGUAUUAACGAUGUCNUUAGGAAUACCGAAAUCAACAAUCGCACGAAUUCAACUUCAAGAACAGGUUUUGCGAGAACAAGCUCUUAGCCAAGUGACAACACGGAAAAGGAAACGAGAGGGUAAAGAUUCAGAUGUAGAUGAGGCACUGACUCAGUGGUUUACACUGGCCACUAGCCGGGGCGUUCAAGUGUCAGGUCCAAUAUUAAAAACUAAAUCCGAAGACCUUGCUAGAAAAUUUGGUAACGACGAAUUCAAAGCCACCGAAGGUUGGUUAUCUAGGUGGAAAGUAAGACACGACAUAAAAUUUAAAAGAGCACAUGGCGAAAAAGCUAGUGCAAAUUCUGAUGGGACCGAUGAAUGGAAACUUACAGUACCUUUUAAUUUUUUUUGGAUUUUUUUUUUUAAUUUAUGAAAAAGGCAACUCAAUAAUGUAAUAAUAAUAGUUUGAACAAUUUAAGUUAAGUAGAGGUGCCAGGUAAAUGGACCUACAUUUCUCGUUAUACUCAUAAUCUAAAAUGAUUAAUAAUUAAUUAUUUUUAAUCAAACAAAUAUUAUAUAUGUAUUUGAUAUACAUUAAUAUUAUAAUAAUAAUUUUUUUGAGUAUCGACCACAUAAAUAAUUUGUUGGAUAUUUAUUACAAUGUUCUGAUCUAUUUUUUUUAAAUAUUUUUUUAAUCUUAUUGUUUUUAAUGAUGAAGUAAUAAAUUAUUAUUUAUUAAUUUUCAGGUUUAAAAUAUUUAUUUUAUACAGUCUAAAAAAAAAAAUAUUUUAUUAUAUUUAUCAUAUAUUGACAUUUAUUAUAAAUAUCAUAAUUAUUAUACAUACUAAACUUAACAAAUUUAAUACUGAAGUUAAUAAAUCAACAUUAUGUGAUUUGAUUUAAUUUAUUUUAAAUAUAUUAUUAUUAUUAUUUUUUUUUUCAAUAAAUAUGUUUUAAUACACGAUGAGCUUUUAACAAAAAAAAAAAAAUGUUUGUGUGUAAACAAUCUCUACAAACGAAACUAAUAACGUUACAAAACAAUACUAACUGGCUACAAACGAGUGGUGAAAUUGGUAUUUUAAUAUUCGAAAAUUCUGGGCAUUUAUUCAGCCCCCCCAUUAAAUUCUAUUUUUAGAAAUUGAACGAAAUCUCUGCAAACGAUACAAACCGGCUACAAGCGAGUGGUGAAAAGGUUGUUUAAAAAUAUCAAAGUGGGGGGGGGGGCAUGGAAAUGUAGCUUUGGUUAUAUAUCUUUUAAAAGAUCGUAAUAUUUUUGAUUUAAAAAUAAUACACUUCAUACAUUUUCCCGUAUUUCCUACGUUUUUUCCCAGUGUUUUUCAUUUACUAUGAUAAUCUAUGAGGAAGUCAAAAAAUGAUCUUCUUAAAGUAUCACUUCAGUUAAAUUUGCUUUCAGAAAAAGAACUACACUUUAAAAUCGAAGAAAAAUUUCUGGCAGAAAUGUUGUUCACAGAAAAAAAAAAAAACAUUAUUGUAAAACCAAUACAUUUUCUUGCUCCACUUAGUAUCUAAAAUACUUCAAUAGGAUUUUAGUUUUUUUUUUUAGAGUGGAUGUCACCAAAAAAAAAUAAAUAUACUUUUAUUCCUGAAAAGGUUUAAAACUAAUAAUUUAUAAUAACUUAAUAGUUUUUUUAAAUAAGACUAUAGAAAUUAUUUAAUAUCUAUUAGUUUUAUAUUGGUCUUUUUUUUCUAAUAAUAUUUAUGAAAAUAUCAUGUUUAUAUUUAAUAUUAUCUUUGUUUUAGUUUGUCCAAUCCUCGGUGAAACGUAUAAUGAUUACGAAAGCAAAAUGUCAAACACAUUCGGUACUCAAGUCAUUAUAAAUAUUGUAAUAUUUUAUCAUACUCAAUAACCAGGUUAUUGAACCAAUAUAGUUUAUGGUUUAUAAUCAAAAAUAUAAUAUUUUAUUAAUUUGUGAAAUGCUAAAAAUAAAAUAAAUUCGUAAUUAUAAUAUACUCUGUAAAAUAUGAAUGGUGUAUUAAACUUAUUUAUUAAGUAGAAAUGGUGUAUUAUAUUUUUAGGACUACUACCAUUUACCAAAACAGAUUAUGAAUCGUUUCGUUCUCGUAAGUAAUAAUAAUAGAUUUCUUAUCUAUACAUAAACAUAUAUUUUUUUUUCAUUUUGAGUUAAAAUAAUUACCUAUUUAAAAAAUAAUAAUAAUAUUAUUAUCUAAACGGUUUUAAAAACAAAUGGAUAUAUUUUGCACUAAGGGUGGGCCACUGUUGUAAGUGAGAAGUUGGGAGAGAGAGAGGAAAUUUAAUAUAUAUUUGUAUGUAAAAAUUAAUCUUUGAUAACGAAAAACGAUUCGGAGCAAAGUUCGGUUAUACAUGUUUUGAAAGGUCUUAAUAUUUAUGAUUUAAUAAUAAUACAUUUCGUAAAUUUUUCGGGUUUUCCAAUUUAAUAUGAAAACCCCCGGGAAAAUAAAAAAAUCCCUAAUGCAUCACUCGAGUCAAAUUGUCUUUCAGAAAAGUGCUACACUUGAAAAUUGGAGCAACAUUUUUAGCAAAAAAGUUGUUUACAGAAAAAAUAAAAAAUAAUAAAAAAUAUACAUCAUUGUAAAACCAAAACAUUCUUCGCUUCUCUCAGAAUCUAAAAUUAUAUAAUUUUUAAAUACUGUUUUACAUUGUUUAAAUCAAUAAUUACUUACUAUUUAUUUUCGUAUGUCAAAAAUAAACGUAAAUCAUUUGUAAAAUGCGGUUUCUCAUGUUAAAUUAUGACAAGGAAUGUUUCAUAGAAAAUAAGAUAUUUUCAUUUAUUAAAAUGAUAGUUUCCCACUGCAUGUAUUCAAAUCGUGUGAUAAUUGUAAGAUUUGUAAUUAUGAAUUGCCUUUAUGUUUUGUUUAGUGUAUCCUAAAUUAGGAGAAUCUUUAGAUCAUUAUUCCGUCAGAGUUGUUGAAGGUAAGUGUAAUAUGCGACUUAUACCAUAAAUAAAUUUAAUAUAAGGAAUCUUAAAUAAAAAUUAUUAUGAGUUUUGUGUAGGUAUCUAAAAAAAUAAUCUCAGAUUUAGUUAAUGAUUGAAUUGGCCAGUAUGAACAAUUAUAAUGAAUCGCACUAUGUUUUAUUUUAGUGGAAAAAAAAAAACAAUGGAAGUGUAAAUUAGCAGAUAACUACCGAGGAUUACAGUACUGUAAGUAUAAUAUUCUGACUUUUUAAAAUCUAAAUUUAAAUUUUUAUUAGAAUAUUAGGUAUCUAAUAGAUUGAUUAUAGAAUUAUUUAAAAGAAAAUGUAAUAUACUUGUAAUUACAAGCGUUUGUAGUCAAUAAAUUUAAUUUACGAUUAAAGAAACAAUAUAAAUUACCUAUAAUCUAUGAUUAAUGUUUGAAAAUCUAUAUAUUAUUAGAAUAGAAUUUUUAAAACAGCUGCAUACAUCAUAGUAAAACCAUUAAAACUAAAACAUUCUUCACUCAACUCAAAAAUUUAAAAACUUCUCACUAUACUAACUUUGAGAAAAUACGUAUCUAUGGGCUAAAAUAUUAUGGCAAAUUACAAUAUUAAUUUAAUCUGUUUUAUCGAAGUUUUUACGUAAACGUUUUAAACUAACAUUCUUAGUUUUAAUUAAAUAUUUUAAUGUGUUUAUACAUUAAUAGUAAUCCGUACACUUAACAUUUAUAAAGUAAUAUUUUUAUAUUUAUUAACCAGUAGCGUAGUCGUAAUUUUUUUAGUGAGUAUACGCAGUGGCGCUACUAGACAUAUACUUGAUUUAGAUACUUAGAUUAGAUUAGAAAAGUUCGAUGAACAAAAAAAUAAAAAAAUGUCAUCAGUACGGCUCGGAACAAACAUUUGUGGGCUAUUCGAUAAUUUGUAACAGAUGCAUAUUUGACGAUUCACGAUAAUACUAUUUAAACAUUUAGUAAUAAAUAAAUAGAUGCGUUAAUUUUGAAACUUGUCAUUGGGUACUACUUUUCAACUAUUUAUCGAAUAGCUUCUAUCAAAAUACGAUUAUAUUCUAGAAAAUAAUUCAAUGACUAGUUGAUGGCAUUAAUUACCCAAGUUAUAGGCAUACAAUUUUAAAGAAAUUGAAGUGGUGAAAUUAAAUUAAUAACAGUAAAAAUAGAUGAUAAUACAAUUUUCGCUUUAGGGCAGAAAAACCUACUUACCUAUUUAGAUACCUAUUAUGGUUAUGUAAUAUUUUUUAUGUUUCUGUUCUAAGAUUACUAAUUUCGUCUAAUACAUUUUUAUAAUAAUUGUUUUAGUUUUUCCACAACUCGGUGAAUAUUAUAAAGAAUAUGAAACCAGAAUGAAUGAAAUCAGUAAGAUUUUAUUGUACAUUAAAAUAAUAUUAUGAAAUACAUGUUUAAUUUGAAUCAAUAUAAUAUAGUCUUCAAUUAAAUACAAUGAUGGUAUUUUUAGGUAUAAGUACCAAUUAUUAGGUCUAUAUUUGUCCAUAAUAUUAGCUUUUAUGCAGAAUUUAUCACAUGAUUAAAUAUUUUUUAAUGUAUUUUCUUUUUGAAAUACAAGACUGUAUUUUAUAUUUAAAUUAAUUUAUUAGAAGUAUAGUAUGGAUAAAAGUAAAAUAAACGGUUGAAAUUCUGUUAUCAGAUAUUCUUGGAAUGCCCAAGGACUCUUUCAGUGUCUAUCAACAACGUAAGUUAUUUUUAUUUUUAUUAUUUAAAUUGUCAACGUUUAUUUACAAAGCUUAUUCAAUAAUGAAUAAGUACCUAAUCAAGUUUUUAGUGUUACCUGUAUGUACAUAUUAUGAUUACAAAAAUACAAUAUGAAUAAUAUUUCAUUGUUUUUUAUACUUUAAAGAUUAAAGUGAGUUAAUAUUUUUCAUGAACUUAAAAUAACAUAGAACAAAUAUUCGUUUUUUGUCUAAACAGUUGUUUUAGUUGAUCGAAAAAUAAUAUUCCAGUACCAAUAUAUGAUAUUUUCGUUACAAAAUAUUACUUAAACAAUUAUAAACUUUCUUAUUUUUAAUCUGUAUUCAAAUUAAGAAUGAAAUAUUUUAUAUUAGAUAAAUGAACCAGAAUAAUGUUUAUACAAUUUAAAUACUAUACAAAUAUUAUUAUUAAGUUUCUGGAAAUAUUUUUGUAAAGAAUAUUACUUCAUACAGUGGACGACGCUUGUAAGACUCAUGGAUAUAAUUAUAAGGUUCAGUCACUUAAUAGAUUCAAAAUCACUUAGAAUGGUCCGGACAUAUCCAAAUACAUUCUAUUCUUUCCCCACUUCGCCUAAAAGGUUCAUUCGGAUUCACUUAGUGUUGGUCCCAAAGUAAGUCUUAUAAGCGAUAUCCACUGUAUUAUCAAUAUUUUAAAUAAAAUGCUUAUUAAUACCUAUCAGUCGAUUUCGUAUUAAAUAAGUAAUCUACUUUAUUCGUGAAAUAAUUUUGACACAAGUUUUAGAUAUUUUAUUUUUUAUAAAAGUAAAUAAUAUAAUAAUUUAAUUUCUUCAGUAUUUCCACACGUUGGUGAGGGGUUCAAACAAUACAGUAAAAUGCCAAGGUCUACUGAAUUAAUGAUUAGCCUAGGUAAAUAUAUUAAAAUAUAAUAAUUUAAUUACAUUCAUAUUAAGUAUUAUAUAAACUUUAUACUAUAAAAAAUAGGUAUAUCGUAUAUCGUAUACAAUAUUAAAUUUAACACACUUGGCUAUAAUUUUUAAAUAAUAGGUACGUAAUAUAUAAUAUAUAUAAUAAAUUAGGCUUUUGACAUGAAUACCAAAAAUCUAAUUUAUUGAUUAAAGCAAAAAAAAAAAAAACAAUAUCCAUAAAUUGUAUAGUUUACAUCCUUGACAUUAAACUUAUAAAUUAUUAAACGUCAUUGAUAGAUGGCAGUACUAGUAUAUACGAGUUCACUAUCGUCAAUAAGAGCACAGGUGAUUGCAUGUUAAUUUCAUCAUAUGACUCUUACAUAAUAUCGUUUAAAAUGUUAUAAGUAUUUGAGUCAAACGGAAAAUUACAUUUUAAAUAUAUUUCCAAUUUCUUUACUCUUACAAAUAGUACGAAUGGGAAAUCAAUAUUUAUCCAUAAACUAGUUAUUACUCGUAUAUUGAAUAUUUAUAUAAAUAACUAAUGUAUAUUAUUUAAUAUAUAUAUAGUAUAAUAUAGCUUGAUAAACAUUAUCUAAAUUUUAAAUUUAAUCUUAAAUUACAUAAAUAACAUGUAACAUAAUAUACAUUUUUAAUGAUGUAUAUUGGUAUUUAAUACAGAUACCUAUGAAUUAAACAAAAACAUUAUCAUUUCAGACGUAUCACCAUUAGAUGAAGAUGGGUACAAUAGAAUGAAAAUUAGUAAGUGCGAUAACAGUAAAUUAUAUAGUACCAAAUAAUAGCUAUGUAUCUUGUAAAUAGUAGUAUAAUAUAAUAUUAAGAUUUUAAGUACUUCAUUUUAAUUUUUGCAGGACUUCCAAUCUUAUUUGAAAAUUUAAGUGAAUAUAAAACCCGGAUGAGUAUCCACGUAUUUCUUGGAGAUUUAAGUAAUUUAUUAAAACAUUCAGGCUAUAAUUAUAAAUAUUUUAGAUUCUGAGUGGAGGGAUGAAUCUAUAAUUUAUCAAAAAAGAUGUUUAAUGCAUACAUAAUUAGUUUACCAUAAUAUGACAAAUAUUGUUGACAAAGCAACACUAUCAAUUGAACUCCGCUCAGACUCGCUUUUUCGUUAGGUUCAAUGGUUAAUCAUUGCAUACGGAUAUACAUUAAAUUCCUCUCUAUAUCCUACCUUCCCAACUUCUCAUCUAUAAUAGUGAUCCACCCAUCGUGAGAAGUUUGUCUGUCUUUUUAAUAAUAAUUCAAUUUUUCAAGUAAAAAUUAAUAAUACCGUGUGCAUUACAUAUUAACAUUUCGUUUUUAAACUAGAUACUUCUCUUUGCUUAGAAUUUAGUUGGGGGCUCUGACCCCAGAUCUAUUAAGCCACUCCGGGAUAGACUUUUGUUGGUCAAAAUCCUUCCGGACAUUCGUCUCUUCGACCAAGAUUCAGGAAAAUGGAGUAAAGAAUCAAAUGUUUACAGUUUACACGAUUGCUCGAUAUGGUUGGGAUUAAGAAGUUGUGUUGUACAAUUUUUAGAGGUUAGCUUUUUAUGCGCUUAAGACACUCCCCGAUUUAUAAUUGGGGUAACAUUUGAUACAGCCAAGUACAAGUGACUAUUAUGCAUAUGUAAUUAUUUUAUCACAAUAUGACAUUUAUGUAUAUAUUUUUGACAAAGCAACACUAUAUUAAUCCACGAAAAUUGUAAAUAUUAUGGCCUUUCAAAACAUGUAUAAUUGAACUUCGCUCCGAAUCGUUUUUCGUUAGCAAUGGUUAUUCUUUGCGUACAGAUUUACAUUCAAUUUCCUCUAUAUCUACCUAACUUCUCACCUAAAAUAACGGCCUACUCAUUGUGUGAAGUAUGUCCGUCAUUUUUUUAAUAAUCUUUUAAUUGUUAAGUUCAAAUUUUGUUAAAAAUCACAGCAUUUGCUGUACGAUUUUCUAAUUUAUACGAAUAGAAAUAAUUUCACUUCUCCAAAACCCGCGAAAGAUUGAUACAAUAAGGUUUAUUAUAAGUUGUAUUUAGUGAUAAAUAAGUUGAGAGUAAUUUGGUAAUUUUUUUAUUAGCUUUUAAUUUAAAAGGGGGGAUGGAAAUCGUAGGUCCAUUCCGCGUACUAUUAAUAAACACGUAUGUUCCAUUUUGGAUAAAAUACACGGGGAUAUUUUUUAUAUAAUUCUUAUAUAAAUAGGUCAUGUAGCAACACUUUACCACAUCUAUUUUGGUGACAUCGGUCGAUAUUAAUAAUUUUGCAAAAUUAUGUGAUAUAUCCAUACGUAUGAGUACCUACUUUUCAGGAAAUAUCACGGAAUAUUUAUUUUUAAACUCAGGCAAAUAUAGGUAAUUUAAGGUAAAAACUCUUACGCAUUGAGAAGUAUAAUCUUUAAGUUAUUCGAAUAUAAUUUGUGAAUUUUUUUGUCUCUGAAUAACUUUUCGGCCAGAAAUUUUUCUCCAAUUAAUACAAUCAGAGGUAGAUUCUGAACACAAAUUUUGUCUGGUUGGUGUAUUGGGGAGGUAAUUGUUUUAUUUUCCUUUUUAUCCACGGUUAAGUUAGAAAUACAUUUCUGAUUAACUUAAUGAUUUAAUUUUUUAAAUUGGCUUCUCAACUUAAAAUUGUAUAUAAUUUUAUUUGGUUCAUUAUCCACGGUUGUUAUCCGCGCAACGUUUCUGAAACAAAACCUCCGUGGAUAACAAGUGAUUACUGUAUUGUAUUUCACUGGAAUUCUUUAUACAAUUUUUUUUAAUUAAAAAUUAUUAUGAAAAAUAUAUUGUUUAAAUCUUUUGACAUUUUAGAUUCUGAGCGGAGUGAGGAAUGUAUUGGUUUUACAAUGAUGUUUAUUGUUAUUAUUUAUUUUUAUAUGAAUACUUUUUCUACCAGAAAGCUUACUCUGAUUAUCAAGUAUAGCACCCUUUUUGAAAGGAAAUGUUCUCUGGGUGGUUUUUAAAGAGGUAAAUUUUUUAAAUUCUCGUUAAGAGGACGUUAUAUAGGACUGACUCACAUAUACUGUCUCAGUCCAACUAUUACCGGGUAACAUACAAAAAUACUGCUUACGCGGAAUAAUUAAAACUAGCUUAAUUUUGAUUUUAGAGUAAAAGUACUUAUUGUGAAAUUUAUAGAGAACAAUAUUUUGGAGGAGGGAAUGUUUUAGGACUUUUGUGUUAUUCAAAAUAUACAGAUCGAUAUAAAUGUUACGAAAACUUUAAUUUUUAUUAUUUAAAUAACUGAAACUUUUUUAAUAGUUCAUAAUUAAAAAAACAUUUAUGAUAUUCCCCCUAAAAAAAUUGUUCUCUAAACAUUUUAUAAUAAGUACUUUUACUCUAAAAUCAAAAUUAAGCUGGUUUUACUUAUUCUGCGUAAGUAUUGUUUUUAUAUGUUAUUCAGUAGUUGAACUGAGACAGUAGAUACAGGUAUAACGUCCUCUUAAAAUUCGAGAUAAUGAAGAAAACCUGGUUCUUUAGGUUAAAAAAGAUUGAAAGAUUAAAAUACGGUUAUCAUUAGCAACAGUUUUUAUUUUUUUUUUUUUUAUUAUUAAGUUUUUAUUAUUUUAAUCUUUUGUAAACAAUCAUUGUUGUAAUCAUUUAAUCAUAAUAUGAUAUAUAUAUAUAUAUAUAUUGUUAACAAAGCAACACCAUCAACUGAACUCCACUCAGAAUCGGUUUUUCGUUAGCAAUGAUUUAUCGUUGCUUACAGAUAUACAAUUAAUUCCCGUCUAUUUCCUAUCUUCCCAACUUCCCAUAUGCAACAGUGUCUGCACCUACGUGUAAAGUAUGUCCGUCUUUUUAAUUUUGUUUUUGUAAUUUAUAGAUUAUAGAAUAAAAUAAUACUCGUAAAUUAAAUGUUGAACAUAAUAUACCUAAGAAAUAUAUUUACGAGUGUUAAAAAAAAUUAGCAGUACUUAUAUAUCCUAUAAAAUAAUAUAGCACAUACAGGGCCUGAUUAACGGAUUUACCAUCAGUAGGCACCGAAUCCUCGGUCCUCUCCUAAUAAAUUAUUGUGUACAUAUUCCCUCUUAAAAAAAGGUUUGGUUACGCCUAUGGUCACUGAUAUACAGAGACAUAAAUUUGAAAAAAAAUUAUUUUGUUGUGCCGCCCCCCCCCUUAUUUAAUGAUGUCUUAGGCUGCAGAUUUUUCAGCCUAUUGAUUAAUCAGGUCCUGAGUUAUAUAAAAUUAUAUUAAUUAUAUUAAUGUAUUUUACAUUUUUGUUUCCGAAUACAAUUUUACAUAGUAUCCGAUAAAGAAUACUUCCACGCAAAACGCAGUAAGUUACUAAUUUAAAGUCCUUUGAAAGACGCACCAUGAGUCCUAAGACUCUAAAUGCUCUACAAGAAAUCAUUGCAAUGUGUCAUUUAAAAGCGAGAUCUAUUAUGAUACCUAACCUAACGCGUUUAAUUUCCGUAUCUGAGAUAUGAUAGUCAUAAGGAAUAGGAGUACGAGUUCGAGUGAACGUCAUGACCUGGCAAUUAGAAGUAUUAAUUUUAAAACCUAUUGUAUGACCCCAAUUACUAAAAAAUCACGGCUAUUUUGUAAAUUCACACAAUCAACAGCUGAAUUUAUUUUAAUAAAGAGCUUCAUAUUAUCUGCGAAACAAUAGUUUACAAAAAGGCAAAGCUUUACUAGUGUACUACGUAUACUAUUAACAAAUAAUGAAAACAAAUCGGUGAUAAAUGUCCAUUUAUUAUUAAUAUUAUUAUUAAAUUUUGAUAUAUUGUAAAUAUCUAUACAGAGAGAUUCACUAAGCGUUUUUUCGGUUGAAUUCAAAUUCUGAUAUUCGGAAUUUUUAAGUAUAAUUAAAGCCGAUGUUUUUAAACACUUAGAUUUUUCACAACAUUUGAGGAGUAUCCUGUAGCCAUAACAAUUUUAUUUUUUCAAAGAGAACCUAUAUUAAAAAUACCAUAAAUAGAUGGAGUAUUACUUUAAACACAUUUUCGUGUUAACAUUUUUGAUUUCCGUCAACCCGUUGACGAGAUAUUUUACUUUUAAAUUUUAAUUUGGAGAGAGUAUUGGAGCAAUAUAUAUAAAUCGGCUUUAAUUAUACUUAAAAUUUUUAAAAAUUAGAAUUCGAAUACAUUCAACAUUUAAUCAAAAAAAAAAAAUGGGGUAAGCACGCUUAUUGAAUCAUUGUCUGUAUAAUAAUAAUAAAACACAUAAGCAGUAGAACCCGUCACUAGAGCCGAAUUUUGACCAGUAAAUAAAUAUAUGAGUAGGUAUUUGUAUAACAAAUACAAUACAGCGCAAUAGUCUAUUUUUGGGGAAAAUUCGAAAAUAAUAAUAUUAAUUACGAAAGUACGAUCUAUAUAAAACAAUAGAGAAAAAGGAAUAAAUCUUAUAUAUUUUUUUCAGUUUACCCGAAAAUGUCGGAGUCGUAUAAUACGUAUUUUGAUAGAUUUACCAACCAACUGAGUGAGUUAUAAUUAUGUUUCUUAAGUAGGUAUUUUUUAUUUUUACUAUUUAUUUAAAAUAUUUGAAUAAAGCUAUUUAGCGAACACCAUGAAAAGGCGGUUUCUAUUAUGUACUCUCUAUAAUGUUAUUGUGCACCUAUUUGUUUAUCAGUUAUAUUAUAGAUUCUAAAUGGUAAUAGAUACUUGUGAUUUCUUAUAAUAGUCAUAAUUAAGGCAGAAGACUUCUAGCAUUUGUAUAUUUAUUUCCCGUAGUCGUAAAAUAAGAAUAAUUUGAAAGAAAUUUGUUUAAUGUUAUAAUAAAACCAAAUCUAUAAUUGUAUGUUGCAUGUUUAAGUCUUUUUGUUUUUUGAAAAGUUUGUAGGUUUUUCAGAUUUUUUCCACAAUCACGAUUAAUAACUAUCAUCAAAACGAAAAUGAUUGAUAAAAUUAUAAAUUCAUAUACUAAAUAUGUUAUUUUUUAGUAUCAGUGGAAUAAAUUUCAAACUAAAUAUAUUUAAAAAUCAAUCAAUCAAUGUCAUGCACUAAUGUCUACUUAAUUUAAUCAAUUCAAAUUAAAUGUUAACAUUUUAUUAAGAUAUUGAGUUUUUUUUAUUAAUUUGGCCAUGGUAUGGCAUAUAAUUCAAUUAGGUAAGAAAUUUUUAUUCUUAUUUUCUAGUUGUUUUUUAAAUAACUACUAUUUUUUAAUUGUUAUAUAAUAAACAUUUUUUUUAAAAGGAACCUAUUUUUGUGCAUAUUUUAGAAUUUGUAAUUGUAUAAAUGUUUGCAUAUUUCGUUUUUUUUUUUUUAAAGUUACAUGUCCUCUGCUUUAAUCAUAUUUAUUAUCCUUGUGGUGAUCACUGAGUAGAUUUAUGUGGCGGUCCUGCGAGUGGUAUUUAAAUAGUGCUUCAAUAUAUUUCCUCAGUUCCCCUAAUCUGUCUCAGUCCUACCCACAACAUGGCAAACUUAAAAGUAAAGUACUUUAAGUUUAAUAGAAAUUAAAAAAAAAGGUUUAAACUAAAACUUUAUCUAUUUAUGCAAUUUUGUAUAUAGAUUAUUAUUUUAAAAUCAAAAUUGGUUUCAAGGUUUUAACCCUAACAAUAUAAACGAAAAAAUAAAAAUUGUGUUAUUAUAAUUACAAAAUUAAAAAUAUGUAACAUUUUAAAACGGAUUGUCUCUAGAAUUUUCUAAAAACAAAUUCUAAGAAAGGUAAGAUAAUGGGGCUGGGUGCAGCUACUGGUGUAGGUGGGAAGAUGGAAAGGUAGGAUACAAACUAGAAUUUGAUGUAUAUCUGUAAGCAACGAUAAACCAUUGCUUACGAAAAAACGAUUUUGAGCGGAGUUAAGUUGAUAGUGAUGCUUUUUCAACAGUAUGUAUGCUAUUUCCAAUAUGUACCGAUUUUCCCAGUUUUUCUACGUUUUUCUCGGUUUUCUCAUGUUUUAUCACGGUUUUUCACAUUUGCUGGAAAACUCCUGAAAAAAAUCGAAAAAUGACCUCUCUAAAAUACUUCCCUAAUGAAAUUUCCUUUUGGAAACAUUGCUAUCAAUAUACCUGUAAGUUAGAACAUAAUUGUUUAUAGAAAAGUUGUUUACAGAUAAAAAAAAUUUAAACAUCUUUGUAAAUCUAUAAGCUUCUUCGGUUCACUCAGAAUCUAAAAGUUAAUACUUUCCGAGAUAAUAGCUGUCUCAAGUUAUGUUGAUCACCAUGUAUAUUGAUUAAAAUGUGUUAAUAAAUUUUACCUAAAUAUUCUAUUAUGUUGCUCUAUUACAUUGCUUGAUUUUAUACUCUUAACACAUUUUAUAUUCUGAGUGGAACGAAGAAGCUUAUGGUUUUACAAAGAUGUUUAUUAUUAUUUUUUUUUUAUCUGUGGACAACUUUUUUAUCAGAAAUAUUAAUGAUAGCAAUUUUUCUAAAAGGAAACUUUUCUAUGAAGGUAUUUUAGAGACGUCGUUUUUCGAUUUUCUUCGGAGUUUUCUCAGGAAAUGCGAAAAAUCGGGAAAAAUCAUGGGAAAACAAGGAAAAACGUACGAAAACUGGGGAAAUUGGUAUAACAUUAAAUAAAUAUUAUUUAAGAAAAUAUACAGAGCCCAUUUAAAUAUUUUAUUAUAAUAUGGUAUAAAGCAUGUUAACAAAGCAUCACUAUCAACUGAACACCACUCAGAAACUUUUUUUCCUAAGCAAUGGUUUAACGAUGCUUACAGGUAUACAUUAAAUUACCUAUAACGGUGGCUGCUUCCGUCUCCAUUAUACUAGGACUUCUUUUUUAAAUGUAAUUUAAUGCCUACUAUUAACUUUUUAGGUAUGGGAAAUCCAUUAAAUGAAAACUUAUUUAAGUUUUUUAAAAAUAGUAAGCGGUUUAAUCCAUAUUAUAUUAUCAGCUUGAAUUUUUUUUAAGAAGAUAUACUUUAUUUUUUUACUAUUUGAUGUAUAUUUUUAUUUAAAAAUCAAAAGUAGCUGGUGAUUUUACCUACAAAAAUAAGAGUGACAAAAAGUAGCAUAGUUAUAAAAUUGUAUAGUUGUUUGUUACUUAAAUGUUCUAGAAAAUAAAUUCCGGAAAACGUUAAUACAUUCCGAGAUAAUGAGUGCACCCACUUAAAUGGAUCACCUAGUUUAUUAAAUGCCAUUUAACUAUUAUGUAUACUGAUAUAUUCUUGCUUGCGGAUUAAAAAUAUAAUCUUUUAAAUUUUUUGUUCGAUAAAUCGAAUUUAUAAUUUUUUUAGUGACUCAUUUUAUAAAUAUAUUACAAAUAUUUAUUAAUAAUGAAUCUUUAGUUUUCUAUAAUUUUUUGAAGAUUAAGAUAGUUUUCAUGGCCAUUACUAAAUAAUAUCAAUGGUUCAACAGUUUUUCUAUGAAAAAUAGUUUUGUGUUGGAUUUCGUAAACUUCAAUAAUCGCCUUUUUAGUUUCUCCUCGAAACCCACACUUGUUAUAGUGAAAAGUUCUGUAAAUUAUUACAAGAAAAAAACUUAAAAAUUUGAAUAGAAUUAAAGUCAUUUCAGGUAUCAGAUCUUCGUGUUAUAUCCUGGUUUUGUAUGUAUCAUGUGAUGAUCAAUAAUAUUUUAAUAAAUUCGCAUAUCAACUGGUUUAAUCAAUAGUGUUAAGGGUGUAAAAUUGAUUAUAUAUUAUAUUGUAUAUAUAUAUUAUAUAUUAUAUAUAUGAUAUAUAUUCAGUAAAUGGUGACAAUACUAUUUUUAACUACAAUACAGAUUAUCCUCAAUUUGGAAAAGAGUUCGAAACAAAAAAUCUGGUCACAUGGACAAAUGUAUAUGAGAAUUCCCACGGUAAGAUUUUAAAAUAAGAUAUUCCAUAAUCCUAAUAUUUAUCGCAAAAUUCUAUAUAUAUACUUAUAAAACAAUAAUGUUGAUUUUUUACUGAUUCAUCUACAAAAUAUCUACUAUGUGUGUUUAUUCACACCUAUCCCAUAAGGAGUAAUGUACAUUUUCAAAAGACCAUGCCAAAGGCAGAGCCGGAUAUAGGAAUUUAUAUACAUAGGGAAAAAAUCAUGAAAAUACACGCUCAAUGAUGAAGUUUUAUUGUAGUUCAUUAAAAUACGGUUAUUUAUAAAACACACUUUUUAUUUUAUUUUAUUGUCAACAAAAUGACUCAUAAUCGGCCCAAAACUCAUUUCACAUAUCACAUCACAGGUAGUUUAUGAAUUAAUGUUACACAUUUGUAGGGGGAGGUAUAUUUUUUUCUGCCGUGGUAAUACCCCCUGGCCACACCCUGAAAUAAAUACUGCGCGAGAGGACUAGUGCUAUGGUGUGUUUUAGUCUAAAAUCAUGCCUAAUGGAAAAAAAUUCUUAUGCUAGUUGUCUAAUUUCAAUGAUUAUUUGUUGGAAAUAGGAAGGCGUUCAACAGUCCGCAUUGAAUACCGUUUUUCAAUAUUGUUAUCUUUAAUUUUCUAAUAAUGACUAUGUAUUUAAAAAAGGUCAAUUGUUCACUUUAUUUUACAGAAUUUUUUACAUCAUUAUUUUAAAUCAAAUAAAAAUUCAGAUUUUAAUAUUAUCUCUAUAAUGUUGUUUAUAAAAAAAAAGAAAAAAGAAAAAUCGAUUUAAUACUGCAAUGGACAGGUGCAGUCACUGUUGUAGUUGGGAAAGUUGGAUACAUAAAAUUGUUUAAUUUUUACCUGUAGCCAACAAUAAACCAUUUAUGACGAAAAACAAAUCUGAAUGAAAUUCGGUUAGAGAUGUAUUAAAAGGGCGUAAUAUUUAGUCAAAAUUUGAUUUUAAAACUUUUAUGUAAAAAAAAAAAAAAAAAAUACUACAUAAAACCCAAUUUUUUUUUUAAACAUUAAGUUCGAGAAUUAUAUUGACAUAAAGUACCAAAUAAUAAUUAAGUUUAAAUUAAAAACUUUAAAAAAAAAAAUGUCUAUAAAUAACUCAAAAAUGGCUGAAAUAUUUUGAAAAUGUUACCACGUUUAGAAAAAGCAAAUAUAAGUUUUAUGUCAUCACGAAUAUUUUUAACUGAAUAAAAUUAAAAAAAAUAAUAAAAGUUACGGACAUACUUCACAAGUUGAGUACUCCUCCCAGUCUUCUUAAAUGGUUGUCGAGUAGUAUGUAAGUGAAAAAGUUUGAUCAUUAAUGUUAUUAAGGUGGCCAAUACAAAGUUAAAUAUAAUUUUCAAAUUUUAAAAAAUCGGAGAAAAUUUGGUUACCGGUAUCGAGACCUUUAAUAAUACGUAUUUUUUACUAUGCUGUUGAAUUUUUGCAUAAAAAAAUUUUAAAUUGGUAGAGUUGUUUAAUUAUUAGUUAAAGAUGAAUGAUUAAACAUAUUUUUCUUGUAAACUUUAUUUUUUUUGAGUUGUAUCAUAUCCAUGACCAGCUUAGAAAAUUUUGAAUCCCUGUGACAGUCAAUUUUGAGGGCCUCCGCGGCCUUUAGUUUGAGAAGCACUGGUCUAAUAUAAUUAUAAUAAUAAUUUAUUUACGGAAAUUUCCAAUUACAAAAUAAUAAAUUGACAGUAUGCAGUUUAUAUGAACACGGUAAAAUAAAUAAUUUAAUAAUAAUAAAUAAUAAUAAUAUUUAUCAUUAUUCUAUAACAUUGCAUAUUACAUCAUAUUUUAAGAAAACUUAACUUAAUACUUACAUAAUAUAUUAAUUAUUUUUUAGAAUUGACAUUAGGUAGUGUGAAUGAUUGUGAAAAUUUGAAAAAAAGUACGUUAUGGUUUUGAUUUAAGUACCUAACUAUAUUAUUUGUUAUGCUAAACUUCUGUGGGUCGAUCAAUAUAAAUCUUGUUAAAACUCGUAUUAUAACAGUCAUAUAACUGGGCGAUGAUUAUUUUACAUAGAUUUUAAAACUAAUCGUUUCAUUAAAACAAUUUCAAUCCAUAAACUAAGACCAACUGAUUUAAAAUUUAAAUGCUCUAAAGGCUUUUUAAGUAAAAAGGUCUAACUAUUUAAUUAUAUUUCAGUUUUUACUCUAUAAGUAAACUCUUCCUAUAUGGUAUCCGUUCUAUAUGAGCUCUCUCACUCACGCUGUAAAAGUGUCUUUUAAACUUUUAAACGAUUUUUUAGUUACUUCUGGUGUGCCCUAAGGUUCACACCUAGGCCCCAUUUUAUUUAUAUUACCGGUCAAUCCAUUUAGGUGGGUACAAUCAUUAUCUUGGAAAGUAUUAACUUUAUCCGGAAUAAGUUUUUUAGAGCAUUUAAGAAACAAUAAACUGUUCUAAAAUUGUAUAUUUAUGAAAUUUGUUUUCACCCUUGCUUUUGGGGGUAAACUUACUACCUAUUUUUGAUUUUCAAAUGGCAACUUAUAUUAAAAAUAUCAUGAAUAAAUGGAAUAUUAGUUAAAAUAAAUUUGAGUGUUGAAAUGUUUGAUUUCUGUCGAACCAUUGAAGAGAUAUUCCAUUUCUUAGUUUGGGUUGGAGAAGGGUGCAUUAUUCACAUGUUACGCGCCGUACCGCCACACAAAUGAUUCUCCACUACUUUCCUCCAACCCGAACUUAAAAGUGGAAUAUUUCGUUAACGGAUCGACGGAAAUUAAAAAUGUCAACACUUAAAUUUAUUUCAACUAAUAUUCCAUCUAUUCAUGGAAUUUUUAAUAUAGGUUGUCAUUUGAAAAUUAAAAGUAGGUAGUAAGUUUACCCCCAAAAACAAGGGUGACAAAAAAUUAUAUAAAUAUACAAUUUUAGAACAGGUUAUUAUUUCUUAAAUGUUCUGAAAAACAUAUUCCGGAAAAAGUUAAUACUUUUCAAGAUAAUGAGUGUACCCACUUGAAUAGUUCACCUGGACCAAAGGGUCAUUUGACCCGUUUAAAAUAAAAAUAAUAAAAUAAAAUAUUUAUGAAAAUAGGAAAUAAUUCUUAUAGAAAUUGUUUAGUAUAUAAUAUCUAUUAUUGAUUAAAAUUAAUUAUACGGUUGGUAUGGUUAUAAUAUUAUUAGCUUUAUCAGAUGACAUAUGAAUCGCAGUUAAUUAAGUUGGCGAGAACAAAUAGCUAAUUUGACCUACUUCACGGGCACGUUUAUAUUUAUUCAACCAUAAUUUGUCUACCAAAUACUAUCACCAGCACUAGCACCCUAUAUCACAUAUGUAAGUCCUCCAAAAAACUGUAUGCCUUGAGGCAACUGCAUCGGUUGUCCCUGUGGUAGCUAUGCCACUGAUAAAACAUGACGUCUUAUACCUAGGUACAUUUUAAACAUAAUAUAUAAUUUUUGCUUUUAGAAAUGCCAGUAGCUUAUGAAUCGUAUGAACACUAUGUACGAGUUAUAACAAAUAUCCGUAAGUAAAUCUUCAUCAUGUAGGUAUUUAAUUCCAUUCCUUUAAAAAUUAUAAAUUAUCCUCAAACACUUCUAAUUUUAUUUUUAUGCUUUCAUUAUUUAUACCAUGUAUAGUUUCCAAGACGCUGAAUUUUAAAAAUCUUUUUAAAAAUAAUUUUGUGUUAAAAUCACGGUUGUAACACUACAAUAAUCAACAUAUUUAAUUUUGUACUUAAUUUUCGUCAAUAAAUAAUUAUUUAAUUACACAGUUAAGACUCAAAAAAAUACAAAAAAUAAUUAUUUUUAGUUAGGUAGUUAAUAAUUAAAAUUUUAAUUACCUAACUAUGAUAUAAAUAACCUAAUCUAAGUAUUAAUUAUUAAUUUAUUACAGUAUAGUCCACAAUGAUUCAUACUUAUUUUCUCUUAUUUUUUUUCUUUUAUGGCUGUAAGUGUUAUUAGCGGAAUGACGACUUUUUAAUAACCAAGACUUUAUGUACUUUUGUGACUUUAAUUCUGAUAGAGGUGGUCCUACGCAGUUGACAAAUAACAUUGCAGUAACAGUUUGAAUAGAUAGUGAAGUUCUUAAUGGUGAAAUUCAGAUUGUGUAUAUAUAUUUCUACUGCUUUUGAAAUGUAUGUCAGAUAUUUUGUGUUCUAAUAUCUUUUUUCUCAGACUUGAUAUUUGCGUCACUUUAUUACCAUUUGAAAAUAUAGAACAACAUGCUAUGGUUUGGAAAUGCGUAAAUUAUGAUCAAGUGAUAGUCUUAAAUUAGUUAUGUUUUUACAUACUAAACAACCUAAUGAUUUAUUUUUAACGAUCAACCAAUCAUUUGAACUUUUAAAAUUUUUAUACUGACCUAUAUUCCGACAAUCGGGUAUUUCACUUGGUUUGUUCUCGAUUUGUAUUUUAGUUUUUUCCACAUUUCCUGUUGGUUCUUCGUUGGGUACAAUGUUUGGAUGAACAGUUUCAACACAUUUGUUUUAUUUGUAAAAAUAAUCAUCAUCAUCGUCAUUAUGGCGUUUUUUGACCCAAUUUAGUAAAAAUGAACUUAUAUUUUUAACAGAUUUAGAUUAAAGAAAGCACAGUAAUCGAGUUAACGGGCCAAAACUGCGAAAAACGUUUAGUACUUUACAGCAUGCAGAUAAAAUGUAUAGUAUAAAUGAUUGCGGCUACGGGGAAUAUUAACGAUUAAUAUUAUUUAUAAUAUUAUAUUUAUGUAAUUAUAUGUAUUUAUGUAAUACAAUAUUAUAUUUAUUAUAGAUAAUAUUUUAUCACCUAUUAGCAAUAGGCAAUAAGCCAAUAACUGAUAAGCGUGAUUUGCCGUUUUUCAAAUGUAUACAAUUUCCAAGUUUUAUUUUUAAAACAUCAAACUUUCAACGAAGCGGAAUGCUAAAGUUAAUUUUUUUUUUGAACCGAAAUGCUAUAUUUAAAUGAGUAAGGAACCGGAACUGCGUUCCGGUACAUUCCGAGCUCUGCUCUGGAAAUAUAAUUAGAAAUAGAGUUAAUAAACAUAUAUAUUAAACAGAAAAAGACUUAAGUGACCACUUAGAGGUAUGCCUGAUGUUACAUUGAUCAGAAUAAAUAUCACGAAUUUUUACAAACUGUUUUUUGUCAGAGAGGUAGGACUUAAGCCAAAGAAGAAGAGGAUUACCUAUUUCUAAGGCAUAAGGAUUCUAGCUUAUUAAUGAUUAAUCGUGGUCGAAUGUAACGAAUGCCUUGGAGAAGUCCUUAAGAAUGAUCUCAACUUUUGAAAGCGUUACAAACUCCUAACGAGAUAGUUGGUCUUGGUCACCGAUUGUGCCUAGGAAUCCAUUCAGCCUUCAAUGACUGAAUGACUGCCGAGACCGAUCACGUUUUGGAGACCGUACCUUAAAAUAUAAUAUAAUUUAAAUAUAAUGUAUACAAUUAGUAAAAUUCAAUUAAAUCGAAUAAUCGUCUAAUACAUACAUUUUGUUUUAAGCUGGCGUUACACCGUUAAGUGAAUAUGAUUUUUAUGAUUUCAAAAGAGGUAGGUUAUUUAAUUUUAUCAAUUAUACAUUUGAAUUUUCGAAUUUGCAUCAUAUACGAGGACGGGCUGAUAAGUAAUGACUUUCUUAUCUCUUAACUCGUAGUUAUUUUUAGAUUAACGAUAAAAUUUUUAUUUGAUGUACAGUUAAUAGUUCAUGUUAUCGAUCAUUGGUUAGUGUGUGUGAAAACGCGAUUGUGUAAUUUUAUUAUUUUAUUAUUUAUGCAAUUUAAAAUAACAGCCCCUUUAGAUGUACGGUUCAAACAACAAUUGAAUCACUAGGAUUUGAAGUCAUUUUACAUCCAACCUACAGCCCAGAUUUGUCACCAUACAAUUGUUUUUUAUUUCUCAACCUUAAAGAACAUCGGAAGGGUAAACAAUUAAAUUCUGAUGAGAGUGUUAAAGUUGAAGUUAAACUGAUGGUUUAAUGCUCAAACUGUAGAAUUUUAUUUGAACGGCAUUUAUAAACUUGUAAAUCGUUUUCAAAAAUGUAUCGCCUUAGAAAGCAGUUAUGUUGACAAAUAAUAAUAUGUAAAUAAAGUGAUUCAUUUAUUAUAUAUCUAUUUUUAGUUUAUUGUUAUUGUUUAUUGUAGUAUUACUUAUCAGCCCGCCGUCGUAUAUACGUAUGAUAUAAUGUAGUAGUUAAUUUAGAUCUAAAUAUUGUUGAUGUUGGUGAAAAUUAAAUUUUUUUAAUGUUUUUCGUUUAGUUUUAUUUUAUAAUAAUUUAAUUUUAUAUUAUAGUUUUUAUUAGACAAUCGGAAACAUUUACGGAUUACCUGCUUAGAAUGAUAAAUCUAGGUAAGUAUUUUUGCAAAUAACAUUUUAUUUCACAAAUAGAUAAUGUAGAUAAUAAUAAUAUGAAUGUUGAUAAUUUAUUCAAUUGACAUUUUUUAUUGUUUACAUUUUAAGAUAUAGAACCAAUGGAAAAUCAAACUGUAUUAUAUUUUAAACAAAGUAAAUUAUAACCGUUUUUAUUUUAUUUUAUCCAAUUAUUGUACUAUAUGCUAUAGUAUUAGUUUAUUAAUAUUAUUCUAAGUAAAUGAAUAUCAAAUAAUCUAUUUAAAAUUAUUUGAUAGACAGUAUAAAUCUAUCUAUAAAAUAUAUCUAAAAUCUGUUUAUAAUAAUGAAAUAUUUAAAACACUAUAAUAUCUUAUUGAUUCUUUUCUUACAUUUUUUUUUAACAGUAUCAAACUUAUAAUAUGUGUAUAUAAUGCAUAUAAUGUAUAUAAUGUUUGGGGUUUUUAUAUUUAUUGAGUAUGAACCAUAAAAUAAAUUUGUAUUGUUUUUUUUUUUUUUUUAGUGGUUCCAAGAGAACUCAAUCAGCCUUACAAAACUUAUUUGAACGAAAUUGCAAAACAUAGUAAGUUAAUAUAAUAUUUUUUAGUUUCAAAUAUAUUUAUAUCAAAUAUUUUUAAAACAGGUUUGGAUAUCUCAGAUAUUAAUUGUAAGUUUUUGAAUAUGAUUUUUUAUCUUAAAAUACAAAUUAACAUAUUUUUAGUAUUCUUUAAUAUUGAGUUGAGUUCAUAAUUUCAUAUAAUAUUAUAUAUACCUAUACAGUGUACAGGCUGUCCCACGAAGAUAUAACCCUUGAAUAUCUUCAGAAAAAAUAAAGAUAAUCAAAUUCCGUUUUUUUUUAAUUUUAUAUUACCCACAGGGAAGAGAACUAAAAAUAUUUAUAUUUGAAUAAAUUAAUUUUUUUUUAUUAAAAAAAUAACUUUUUAUUUUAUUAUUUUCGGAAAUUUCGAAGAUAGCAAUUCCAUAAAGAUUAUUUUUUUGAAAAUGUAAAAUGUAUCACAUAUUUUUAUCCAAUGAACAGUUUCUAAGUAACAUGGUUGAUUAUUUCCUAGAUAACAUCGGUUUUCACACAGAUUAGUAGAAUUUAAAAUGGCUGUUACUUAGAAACUAUUUAUUGAAUAUAAAUGUGUGAUGCAUUAAAAUUGUCAGAAAAAUAAUCUUUAUAGAAUGGCUACUAUAUAAUUUUCCGAAAAUAAUAAAAUAAAAAGUUAAUUUUUUAAUGAAAAAAAAAAAUAAAUAAUAAAUAAAAUAAAGUUAAGUCGCGAUAACUCGAAGUUGAAGGGGGAUACAAAUUCACUUUAAGAAAUGUAUUAUUCGAAAUGCUUAACUAGAAUUUAUCAAAAUUAAAUUACAACUUCAAGUUAGGUAAUGAAAUAUAAUUUUAAAAUUGUAUAAUAAAAAACGUUGUUUUAUGAUAAAUAUUAUACAAAAAUUAAAAUACAUACAAUGGUAUUAUAAGUAUAAACAUAUGUAUUAUUUAUUAGAUACAGUAGAAAAAUAUCGGUGUAGUGAGGUACUCUAAAGUAUCUCCCUAAGGAGAUCAUUUUUCGAUUUUCUCAAGAGUUUUCUCAUCAAAUGUGAAAAACCAAAAAAAAAAAACGGGAAAAUGUACGAAAUAUAUUUGUAUAAUAUAAAAUAUACUUCGACUAAGCUAUUUAUCACAAUUUUAUAUUCGAGCUAACAAGACUUAUAAUGUUCUUAUUUGUUCCAUAUAUUUUUUUACUAAAAAUGUGAUAUUAACAUUUUUUUAUAAUAGAAAAAUACUACUUUAAACUCAAAUUUUAUUUUGUUGACCACAAAGUAAGACUUUUAAUGAACAUCCUGGUAAAUUUUGAAGCAUUUCUGUUAAGUCUAACAAUUUUACCACAGAGUACCUACCGAAUAAAAAUUACGUACAAAACUCGCAAAAUUAAAUAGUUCAUAAAUACCUCAAAAAUGGCUUAAAUUUUUAAAAAAUUGACUACGUCUAGAAAAGGUAAAUAUAAAUUUUCUGUCCAAAUUUUAAGUCAAUUGUGUCUAUACGAAUAUUUUUAACUAAAUUUUAACAAAAAUAUUAAAAUGUUUGUAAAAAGCUUGAAAAUGACAAAAAUGUUUCCGACAAAUUUACAAUGUCUAGGCAAAAGGCAAAUAUAAGUUUUCUGCUCAAAUUUCAAGUCUCUACGAAUAUUUUAAAUUGAAUUACAAAAAAUAACAAAAUUGAAAAAUAAUAAAAACAUUAUUUUCGUAAAUUUUCGGGUUUUCUUUCGUUUUAUCCUGGUUUUUCCCAGGUAUUAAAACCACUUGAAAAACCAAAAAAUUACUUUCCGAAAGUACCAUCUGGACAAAAUUCCCUUUUAGAAAUGGUCUCGUUUAUACCUAAGCAAAAUUUCUGGUAGAAUUUUUGUACACAGUACAAAAAAUAAAUAAAUAAAUACACAUCUUAGUAAAACCAAUACAUUCUUCGCUACACUUAGAAUCUAAAAUCGAGUCAUCGCAACUCGAGUGUAUACAUUUGUAGGCUUCUUCCUUGUGUGUAAUAUAAAAAAAACAUAAUUUGGUUAUCUUUAUUAUCUUCGGAGAUAUUUAAGGGGGAUAUCUUCGUGGGACAGUCUGUACAUAAUUUUUUUACACUAAGGUAUAAUUUAUUAUUGAUUUAAACAAUUUGUUAUAAGUAUAGGUGUAAUAUAUUUAAAUACACAAGUUAUUAUUGUUUUAAUAAUAAUUAACAAAGCACUCAAAAAUACAUUUUUUAAAUGUAUAUUAUUUUGAUAAGUGUUAAUGAUUUUUUCGUGUAAUGUGGCAAUUUUAGUAUACAUUACUUAUAUUGAUCCAUUUAUAAAUAAUAACUUAUAAGAAGUUUUAUGAAACAGUAUUUAAUAUACUCGUAAUUUAUAAAUAAUACAUACAUUUGCUUUUGGUUAUAUUUUUUAAAGGGCGACCAUUCAAAGCAUUUACUGAAGUUAUGUAUCUACGUUUCCAAUUGGGUAAGUAUAAUAUAUUUAAGUUUAGUUAUUUCAUAAUUAUAUGGAUACAAUUUAAAUACUUACCUAUAAAUAUAAGUACAAUUUAUACAUUAUACAUGUUGAACUAUUAUAAAUAAGUUUUGAUGAUUGAGAUUUGCAUCAACAUUAAUUCAAGUAGAUUAUAAUAUAUAGGUCUAUGAUUUAUAUUUAUUGAUAAGUUUUUAUUGUAUUUUCUGGUAACUGAUAAAAUCAGUCUGAUUAUAUCAGUAAUGUCUCACCACAUGUUGAAGUAAUUGGUGAUGGUUUUUUUUUUUUACAUAUCUUAUGUAAAAUGAAUAUCAUGAUAUAUUUUGUCAAAAUGGAGAAAUAACGAAUGAAAAGGUAUAUGAAAAAUUAAAAAAUGUACCAGAAAAAAUAGUGGAUUAAAAUCUGUUUAUAAAACGUAAUAAUAUUUUAAAUUACAAUAAUCUAAAUGAAAAUUUCCCUCAAAAUGUAACUCCAGAUGAAAUUAAAUAAUUUAAAAACCUACGCAAAAAUUAAGUCAUGGGAUGUCGAACAUAGUUUUGGUAAAUAUAAAAAUAUAAUAAAGUCAGACAAAAGAUAUAUUUGUAUCAAAUUGGUGUUGUUAUGGAAACAUGUGACAGUAGAACUGAACAUCAAUUAUCGAAUUAUUUUUAUUGAUUUACGGGUUACCUUGGUGAUACAGAUGAAAUAAACAAAAAAAGCUGAUACUGGGGAUGGGAGCGGCCACUGUUGUAAGUGAGAAGUUUGGAAGAUAAGGUACUUAAGGUUAUUUCAUUAAUAUCUGUAAGCAACAAUAAACCAUUGCUUGACGAAAGACGAUUACGAGCGCAGUUCGGUAAUACUUAAUUUGAAGUGCAGUAAUAUUUUUUGCGAUUUUCGUUUAAAUUUGAUUUCAAAACAUUUAUUAAAAAAAAAAAAAGUCACCCGAUGAUUUUGGAAAUUUUAUGACGUCCAGAUAAGUCCAAUAUAAGUAUUGUUACCAAGUUUCAAGUCUCUACGUAUAUGUAUAAUUGAAUUACAGUAAAAAUACUCCCAAAAAUUAAAAUUCCUUAAAAACUCAAAAGUGGCACAGAAGUUUUAGCGGUGACACCAUAAGAAAGUAAAUUAAAAAGGCAACAAAAAAGGUAUCUUGCGAUUUUUCGAUUAAAUCAUUUUUUUUUGGUGGAAAACGUCGAUUGUGUUUUUAUAGAAAAAUAAAAUGAAAUCGUGAAAUUGUAUGUUUUCCUACGUUUUUUCCCACUUAAGUGCUUUUAUUUAAAAAAUGGCGUCGAAAAUCAAAAAAAACCCGUUUAAAGUACAGUCUAGACAACUUGAGCUUUUAAAAAAGUUGGUACAAGUAAAAAUUGGAACAAGUUUACUACGGUAAAACGUGUCCAUAGACUAGAAAAAAAAAAGAAAGAAAUAAACAGCAUUGUAAAACUAAUAGCUCUCUCGCUACGCUCGGUAUCUAAAAUGGACGGAUGUACUUUGCGUGAGUGAAAUCACUGUCGUAGGUCGGAAGUUGGGAAGGUAGGAUACAGACGGGAAUUUUAUGUAUAUCUGUAAGCAACGAUAAACCAUUGCUAACGAAAAAAUGAUUCUGAGCGGAGUUCAGUUGAUAAUAUUGCUUUGUCAAUAAUACAAUACAGGGUGAAUUUUUUAUCAGGAACCAGCAAUUAUCUCAGAGGAUUUUAAGUGAAUUUGAGUUCUAUAUUUUCUAACCAUUAUGAAAUCGUUUAAGCUUUAUUUUAAAACCAUUUUUAGUUUUUAACCCCUACUUUAUAUACCUUUACAUACUUUUGAUUUUCCAAUAGGAACCCCCUCUUUCUUAACACUUCUUUAACAUCUCUUUGAAAAGAGGUUAUUUUUCUAUACAUUUUGAUAUGAAUUACACUAAUAUUAGAUUAACCGUUUAUGAGUUAUAAUAGUUUAAAGUUAUAACUCAUAAACGGUAUAUCUGAUAUUGGUGUAAUGCAUAUAAAAAUGUAUAGAAAAUCUUCUCUUUUCAAAUCUGUGUUCAAAAGGGUGGGGAUUCCUAUUUGAUCAUCCGCCGCCCACUACUCAUACAUUAAGCCUUUUCCUGGCCCGGCGUGUUCGAAACGCUCCUGUUGGAAGUGUAGCAUUUCUACCUCCUGAAUGCCAUCAUAGGAAUUGGGCGGUGCAGCACAUUUUGGGCAAUUUUACCUGUUUCGUAUUCAGAACCCAUAUAACAUAGUACGUUUGGACAUUAAAAUAAAAAAAGUGUAUACCUUUGUUAAAGAAGUAUAUAAAAUAUAUACAAUAUACAUUAUAGAUACAUAUAUACAUAUUAUACAAAUAUAAAUAUAUAAAUAAAACAACUCGGGCCAAAUCAAUGUACCUGUAUAAUAAUCCAUCAUAAUAUAACUAGUUAUAUAAAAUACGCGAGUACCUUUAUAAUGGUGUUAAAUCAAAUAAAUGGUAUAUAAUAUAUAUUAUAAAAUUCCAGUCAUUUUUAAAUAUUGAAUUAAUGUUAUAUUUCCUUUUUUAUAAGCUUUCCAGUUAUCAGUUAUGUAUUUAGUUUUGAGUUCAAAUUAUUUUUUAAUGUAAUUGAAUUGAUUUUUGUUUAAUGCAGUUUUUAACUGAAUGUUCAUUAGAACGUCUACUACAUAUUGUAUGUUCUUGUGUCGAUAGUAAAAUUGUGCAUAAAUAUUUUUUUAUAAAAAUCUUAGGUACAUAUUUAUAUAUAUGAGUGUAUACUAAAUAGUAUAUACUUAAGCUAUAGUGUGUUGUGAUUUUGUGCACUAACAAGUCAAAAUUUGGGUUAAAAUGUCCAAACGUGUUGUAGCCGGAUCGCCCGUCCUUCGUUGGCAGCCCUCACCUCUCGAUUCCCACUCUCUCGAACACCGUAAGAUCGUCUAGUGGCAUCUUGGCGAGAAUCAGGGAAGCCUCCGCGAAGACAGUGCGAUAUGCCCUCACAUCCUUAGGGUGGCGCAUCACUAUGCUCUCCCUGUUCUUCGCCGUAGGUGAGCCCCUCACAGCCCAAGCUUAAUUGGUAUCUUAUUAUUUUAGAACUUUAUUUUUAAUACCUUGACAAAUUUGAAAAUGUUAAAAAUAACGAAUAUGGUAUUUUAUUUUAGUCGCACCAAUUUCAUUUGAAAGUUAUUAUUCUUACACGAACAGAAUAUCCAGUGCGCUUUUCAAUACUGGUAAGGUAUUAUCAAUCUUAGAUUAACCAUUUUUAAUAAAUAUUAUUUAAAUACGUAGUGUGAAUCUUGCAGCAUUAUCAUGCAUACUUGAUUUUAUUAUAUCUACUAUUUGAUAGUUAAUAGUGAAAUGCAUAUUGUGUCGAUUUUAAUCGCAGUGAGUUUUUUUUCUACUAGAGCAAUAUUUCUGGUAGGAAAUAUCAUGCGUAAAAAUUAAAAACAAUGAAAUCCAUAACGAGACGUGUCGUAAAUAUUUGCCAUUUUACCUAUAAUUUUGUUUUCAGUUUUUCCCAAUUAUUUUGAAAACCCCUUGGAAAAUCGAACCUCUCUAAUGCACCAACUAGAUAGAAUUUUCUUUCAGAAAAGUUGCUAAACUUGAUACAUACGAGCAAGUUUUCUUUUCAAAAAUUUGUUUAUAGGCAGAAAAAAACACACACCAUAGAAAAACCAAUAGAUCCCUCUCUAUGCUCCGAAUCUAAUACAUACACAUAAUAGUAAAACCAAUUGAUCAUUCACUCCACUAUAAAUCUAAUACCAGAAACCGUUGUUAAGUUAUCGCUGGAAAUGUUUACGUAAAAUUAUCUUUUUUCAUAAUUAUUCAGAAAAUAAAAAAAUAAUUUCUUUAAUACAUAAACUAGGCAAAGGUGCCUAGGGACGCCACUGAUUAAUAGGUACAUAUCAAAGUAAAACCUGUAAUAGAUUCCUCGCUCUACGCAGAAUCUAAAAUGCACACAAAAUCAAUAGGUACAUUCCUUGCUACGCUCAGAAUAUAAUAUUAACUUGCUUUAUAAAUGAUUUUUAUUUCAGAUUUUAUGUUAUUUUACACGAAAAAUACUAAAAUUUUGAAUAAAUUCCCAGAAAAUACCUUUCAAGAUUUCCUAAUAAAUAGUAAGUACAGUUUAUAAAAUAAAAAUGUUGUAUCUUAUUGUGCCGUUAUUUUUAAUAUGUAUAAGUUUUGUUUAAAUAUUAAUACCUAACAAAUAAGUACUCGUAUUUAAUAUUUUAAUAUUAUAAUGCGAUUGUUUGUUUGGAUAAAUGGAUGUAUGCAAGUUAGUUAUCACUUUUUGCCUAAAUACUGAACUGAUUAAGCUGAAAUUUUGCACAGAUGUUCUAGACCAGGAAUUACAAAUAGGUUACUAUUUCCUUUCCUCCGUUGUCAAGCCUUAAUGGAGGAGGGAUGCACAAUUGUUAUGAAAACCGAAUUAGUUUUGUUAGUUUAUAGGUUACCUUAAGGAUAUGGAUGAAAGAAAAAAACAAAACAAAACAAUUCCAGUAGUUUAAAAGAGCGGGUGGGAUGUUUAAUGUGUAUAACAAUUAAAAAAAAGUUAAAGUAACUGUGACUGUGUUCAUGUUUUUUAUGUCUACAAUUCUGAGUUUAUUAACUGUUAAUCAUAUUUUAUUUUGAAUUUCGUUAUAGGUAUACUCCGAUUAGAACCUAUGUGAAUUUAUAACAGCUUAUCACGAGCAAAAUAUUAUCCAGACUCGUCGUAAAUUGAUUUUUAAAAAUUUUGUAAAAUAUAGGCGUUUGCGUCAAUUACCAGUCGUGAUAGACGAGUUUGUUUGGCUGUUGUAUACUGCAGUAUAUAUUAUUUGUUUUACUUAAACCGUCUUACGCGCUUUAGAACACUAUAUUAUUUUUACCUUAAGAGGACACCACACUGACAUCUACUGUCUCCGUCUUACAAAGGUGAGACAUAAAAAAUGUGCGUUUAGUAGGACACAUUUUGUGCCGCUAGUUUUAAUGUUAAAGUAAAUUGACUUAUUACCAAAAUUAAUAGUAAGAAGAUUACAGGUGCUUUGGUGUAUAUGAUUUUUCGAUAUUUCUAUUUUUAAAUGAGAUAUGAGUAUGUUUAAUAUCUUAGGUUAAAACCUUCUCUACGAUAAACUGCGUAUCAUUAAAAAAAACACACAUAAUGAUUGGAUCAGUAGUUUCAGAGAUUAACCAAUUAAAUUACCCAUCAAAAUGAUAUUUUGUUUUAUAUAUUUAUAUAAAUAAAAAAAAAAUUAAAAAAUUGCCACUGAUAAUGCCGGGCAGGACAGUUAUAUUAUGUAUAAUAUACAAUAUAUAGAUGCCAAAUGCCAAUUUUAAAUAUAUUUCUUUUUAUUUAAUAUAUUCUUUUUCUAAUCUCGCUUUUCGUUGCUCGUAUAAUGCCUUUUUUAUUCGUGCUUCAGAUGUAGAUCGAUCAAUCAAUUUCCGUUUGGGGGGGGGGGGGGCAUAACUGUCAACGAUGCAGUAUUUGAAAAAUUAAAGAAAAUAUAUAUAUAUUUUAUGUAUGUCUUGUGUAUGCCUUAUAAUAUCAUAUGUUUUACGUAUGUUUUAUAUCAACCAUGAAUAGAUGUAUUAUGCUAGAAACCUUCGCAAUCAAAUGUCUAAUAAUUUCCUAAAGUUUCAUCGCAAUCGAAUGAACCAAUUAGGAAGGCAUAAGAUACAUAUAGACAAACAUUAAUUUAUAUAUAUAUAUAUAUAUAUAUAUAUAUAAUGUAAUAAAAAUAUAGAUAGAUAACGGUGUUUUUAUUUUCUGAGUUUUGAUACUGUUACAUUUUGAUAACAAAACAAUUUUGUAAAAUUACAAAAUAAUCGUUUUAAAAUAUAAUCAAUAUAAAAUUAAUUUCAUUUACACAUUUUAGUUAUGUUAAAAAAAAUGCAUUUGCAUCCCGUAAAUGACACUCCUAAAUUUGCUCUCCUUAUAUUAUUAGAAAAUGUACUUAUACAAAUUAAACAUAUGAUCAGAGUUCAUUAACACUGAUAAUAUAAUACAAUAUUAAGGAAUCUACUAAUAUGAAAAUCCUAUUGCCAAAUUUACUUAAUGUUAUUUUUUCCAGGAAUACAAGCUUUGGAUUUUGACGAAUUUACCGAUUUAAAAUUAAGUAAGACAAUUAUUACAAAUAAAAAUUCUAGUCAAAACAUGUUAAAAUGAAUCCUUAAAAUAGUAAAGUCAAUGGUUUUUAUAAAAAUGAUUUAUUAUUGUACCUAUUGUAUUUUCUAUUGUGAAAAUACAAUAAUUUUCACAAUAUUUUAUUAGUAAAUCGAUUCCAUGUUUAGGAUAUCCAAAACUGUCUGAAGAACCUAAACAAUACAUGAAUAGAAUAAAAUCUUACAGUGAGUUACCUAUUAAUAAACUCAUAACUUAUUAGAGUUCAUGUAAUUUUGACAUAUUGAAAUAAAUAUUAAAAUUUGGUACUUACUUAGUUUAAAUAUUAUUACCUAUUAUUCUUCAAGCAAAUUUUGAUGUAGGUAGUAUAUUAUAUUAUUACCAGUAAAUAUUGAUUUCAGUGCUAAAUCCACUUAUAAGAAUAGAUAAUGGAUUAUUCGAGAUUUUCAAAAAAGGUGAGUAACAUUGAUUAAGUAUCUAGUUAAUGAUAGUAGAUGAGUAUAGUUAGACGGAUAAUGGUGCUUUUGAAUUUAACGGGCAAAUGGGUAUAUAAUUCUUAAUAUUAGGUCGAUCACUCGAUUUAAGAACUGGGAUUGUUGAAUAAAUGUUCCAGACACACCGAAAAAUGCCUUCAAGGGAGCGUCAAAGAACGGAUAUCUUUAUAACUUUUGUAAAUAUAUUUUUUUAAGGAAUUAAUUAAUGAAACCACGUCAUUCUAAGAAAAAUAUGAGUUUGCAGAAAAGCAGAGGCAAAUUUACAAUUUGACGCUACUAUCAGUAUUCUGAACUGCCUUCUUCUAAAAACAUAUUUCCUUAUCAAUCAAAGCAACAAAAAUUUCAUUAACAUAAUUCUCAAGAUUAUCCACCAUUAAAUAAGUUUCAUAAAUAAAAAAAUAUUUAAUUAUUUUUAAAAAGUGAUAAUGUUUUAAUCAUUUUCAAUUAGUUUAAGAAGUUAAUAAAAGUUAUAUACAGUUUUAGAUUUCGAGCGUGGCGAGGGGGCUAUUGGUUUUAAAAUUUUGUUUAUUUCUUUCUAUUUUCUUUUUUUUUCUUCUAUUGUGUGGACACGUUUUUUCCUAGUAAACUUGAUCCGAUUUUUAGUGUAACAACUUUUCAAAAAGUUCAAAUUAUCUAGAUGAUACUUUAAAUAGGUCAUUUUUUGAUUUUCGACGCCAUUUUUUAAAAGCAUUUAAGUGGGAAAAAACGUACAAUUUCACGAUUUUUUUAUUUUAUAAAAACACAGACGAUUUUUUAUACCAGAAAAGUGAUUUCUUCUGAAAAAGAAAGACAUCUUUUUGAUUUGCUUUCUUACGGUAUUAUCGCCAAAACUUUUGAGUCACUUUUUAACUUUUAAGGAAUUUUAAUUUUUGGGAGUUUUUUUUCUUAUAAUUCGAUUAUAAAUACACGUAUAGACUUGAAACUUAGUAAUAAUACAUAUAUUGGACUCAUAGAUGUGGUCAAAUUUCUAAAAUCAUUGGACGAUUUUUUUUUUUAAUAAGCGUUUUGAAAUCAAAUUUAAACGAAAAUCGAAAAAAAAAAAUUACGGCACUUCAAAUUAUGUAUUACCGAACUGCGCCCGGAAUUAUCAUUCGUCAGCAAUUGUUUAUCGUUUUUUACAGAUAUAAAUGCAAUAACCUUAUGUAUCCUACUUUCCCAACUCCCCACCUACAACAGAGGCUGCACCCGUCCCCAGUAUCAGCUCUUUUUAAUUUUCUUUUUAGACUCUGAAUGGAACAAAGAAGCUUAUAGUUUUAUAAAGUGUUUUCUCAUCAAAUUUGAAAAAGCGAAAAAAAAACGGGAAAAUAAACGAAGUAUAUUACUACAAUAUUACGAUUUUUUUUCCUGUAUACAACUUUUCUAGUAGCGAUUUCGCUUCAGCUUUUAAUGAUAUUAAUAACAUGUAAUGAUAGUAAUGUUUCUUAAAUAAACUAGUUAGGUACUUUAGAGAAUUCAUUUUUAGAUUUUCCUAAGAGUUUUCCCAGCAAUGUCGGUACGACAUUAUACAAAUAUUAUUAAAGAAAAUAUAUAAAGCCUAUUUAAUUAUAUCACUAUAAAAUGACAUAUAUAUUUUUAGCAAAGCAUCACUAUUAACUGAUCUCCGCUCAGAAUCGUUCGCUAAACUCAGAAUAUUUAUAGAAUUUAGAAAGACAUUACGAACGCAUGCUCUUAUUACGCCUAGUAUGUGCUUGAUAGUUGUUGUUUAACUGACGGUAGUAUUUAACUCCGAGUUUAGAAAAUACAUUAAAAAAAAUAUAGUCAGAAAGUCAGUUAGUAUGCUUAAAAAUAUAAUUGGCAUAUUUCUUUCUAAAGAAAAAGUUGUUUAGGUUGGAAGUGACUACCUAUGCAAUUUCUGAAUGGAAUAAGUUUUGAGCGAAAUAAACAUAACAAUGAUUAGGAUUAUAUAUUGAAAACGGCAGGUUCAUCAUUAAUAGAAUAAAACGUAAAGGUUUUAUUCCAAUAAAUUAAAUAAGAUUAAAAAUUGUUAUGCAUUAGUAAUUAAGUAAAUUUAAUGCGGGAAAUAAUAAUUGUUUUAACCAUAACUACUUUCCUAUUUUCCACAUAGCUCAUGUGCAACUUGAAGACGAUUAUGAAAGAUAUAUAAAGAGAAUAACAGCUCUUGGUAAUUUUUUUUCCCUAUAGUAUAUUAUAUUAAUAUUAUAAAAGAAUAUUGUUUCAUUUUUGAUUUAUAAUAAUAUUGUAAUAUAUUUUUGAUAUUAUAGAUAUUAAAAAAAUUAAAUUAUUGCGUAAGUUCUUUUUGAUAUGUGCAUAUUAUUACAAUGUUAAUUUUUAGGUAUCUUAUUGUGAAUCGAGUUUAAAAAUACCUAUUAUUAUACUGUGUUUUGCUGUUGAUAAGAAAUUGUUUGAAAACUGCUGUUAUUAAACUAAACAGAUAUUAUGAUUUUAGAUUCAGCAGUUUUAAACGAGAAAGAUUUUAAUACAUUAAAAGAUUAUUGUAAGUUCUCCAUCUAUUAUUAGUAAGAUAUUUUAAUUGCAUGUAUCAAAUGAAACAUGACGUCGUUUGAUAAUAUUUCUUACUCGCAUAUAUAUAUAUAUAUAUAUAUAUAUGUAUGCGUAUAUAUGUAAUACCUAAGUAUAUAUUCGUAUAUAUUUAGGUAUGCAAUGGACAUUUAAUUCUGGAAUUUUUGAGAAUUAAAAUGAAAUUAUAGACAUAUAUAUACAAUGGCGUAUUUUCAAAUUUUUCUAAAAAAUAAGUGAUUUUAUAAUAUUAAAAAAAAUACACAUAAGAUAUGAAUUAGGUAACAAUUAUAUUAUUCUAUUAUUAUUAUUAUAAAUACAAAUCAAGAGUAAUUUAUGAUAAAAAAAGGUAAACGUCUUUAUAUUUGUUAGUCAAUAAUUUCUUAAUAAUUGAUAACUCUUCCCUACUUCUUCGGUCUAAACUUUAAACAGUUAUAACCAUAAACGGUAAAUCUGAUAUUAGUGUUAUGUAUAUCAACAUGUUUAGAAAAAUACACUCUAUUCGAAUUUCUUUUCAAAAGGGGGAGGGGGUUUCUAUUUGGAAAAUAAAAGUAUACUCUUAUUAAAGGUAUAUGAAGCAAGGGUAAAAAUUCAAAAAUGGCUUUAAAAUUAUGCUUAAACGAUUCUAUAAAGAUUUAUAAAUAAUAAAAAUCAAAUUCACUUAGCAUCUUUAGAGGUAGUUAUUGGUUCAUGAUAAAAAAAUUACUUUGUAUAAAUUAAUGUUCUCUUUCUAUAUACCUUCGUAGCAAGUCAUUUAUGACUUUUAAAUCAUAUUUUUUUUUCUGGGCAAUGUCGAGACCCGGGACCUCCCUUCCCCCUGAAAAUAUACCACUGUCAAUAUAGAUGCUGCAUAUUUUUUUAUUAAAAAACAUGAUACAUUGUGCACAGAAAUACAGACAAAAUUUAAUAUUCAAUUAAAAUCAUAUGUUUUUUAAUCAUUAAAACUAUAUAAUACAAUCAUUUAACUACUUUAUUUUUAAAUUUAUUGUCGCCACAAUUUAUAAAUUCAACGGAUUUUUAAAUGAAUUAAUAAGUAUUUAAUUAUAGUUUUAUUAUAUUUAUUUCAGAUAUAUCUUUCCCCUAUAUUAUUGACCAUUCGGAGUUUCAUAAACCGAUGUGUGAGUAUCAAUAUAUUUUAGACAUUAAUUCAAAAGUAUAAACUCAAAACGCUAUUAUAAAAAAAAUGCUUUUGUAUCACUUGAAAACUCUAUAUUUCGAUCAAAAUAUAAACACCCACCUAUAAUAAUGUCCAUAUUGAAGUAAAUUUGCCAUUAUUCAUUACAGAAUUAGUGCAUAUUAACAUACUAACAUAUUUUAAUAGUAAACAAUUCGAUUUCCUACAUAUAAAAUUUAAAAUUAGACAAUAUUUAGUUGAAACUUAAAAACAAAAUUUUUUAGUGAACCUAUAAAUUCAUGAUAUUCCCUGUUCGUAUGAGUAAAAAGAUAUUAGUAAGAUAGUAAAGUUUUUAAAUAUAGCCAGUAAACAAAAAUUAAUUACUUUAUAUAGUAUUUGAUAAAAACGGUUGGUUCUAAAAAGAAUAUUUUCAGGUGCUUUCGAGAAUAACGACAUUAAUGAUAUACAAAGAGGUAAUAUGGCAAUAUGAUAUUUACAGUACCUAUAACAAAUGAUAAAAAUUAAUUUUUCUAACAUUUAUCUUGAUAGUUAUUAGAUAUUGAUGUAAUUUUGAUUAGAGGGUCUAUUUUUUGAGUUCAUAUUAAUAAAUGGUCAAUAAUUUAGUACAAUAACAAAUUAGACGAUGGUUUUAGUGUACUGACUGAAAAUUAUAGUUUUAAAUUUUAUUUUUUUCUGUCUAAUAUUUACACAUUUUUAUGAAUCGUUUAAUCAUUUGUUUUUAAACUACUAUUUAUUAAUGCGAUAUCUAAAAUUAUAUUGUUCUGUAAAUUGUAUUACUUUUAUCAUUGAUAAAUGAUAAGGACAGUAUAUAUGUUUAUAAUAAGGACAAAAUAUACUUACUAAACUCUAUAUGAUAACUGGAAUUCGCCCAGAUCAUUGAACUAUAAGAUAUUAUAGUUCAAUGGCCUAGAUCGAUGGAGGUAUCUUUUAAAUUUUGGUUGAUGCAAGGUGUGAUGAAUUUUUGUAUUAUAGCCUUUUUGGUAACAUAAAAUAUUGUUUAUUAUCGUAUAUGUUCAGAGUUAGACAAUAUCAUAGAUUUAUAAAUCUAAUAGUCUAUAUUAAAAUUAUUUAUCUGUGGGUAAUGCAUUAAAAAUUAAUAAAUUAUAACAAUAGGCACUUUGCAUAUUUUUAUUUUUCUAACGGGAAGAUAUGUUAUUAGUAACAUAAACAGAUUUUUGAUGAACAAUUUUUUGAAAAAAGUUGCUAUUCUAUAAGUUAUUUAAUCUUAAAGUAACAAAAUAGUUGCAAUUGUUAAAAUCGAUUUUUCAAUGAUUUUUGGUUUGAUAACAGCGAUUACCUGGUUGGUUGUAAUUAUUGUUAUCACUACAAUAAUAAAAUUAAUUUCCCUCAUAGAUGUUAUAUUCUAUAUUCAUCGUCUUUGAACAAUUUAAUAUAUACUAUCAAUGGUUUAAUAUUAUUAUUAUAAGAUUGUUUAUAUAUCACAUAUAUUAUACGUGACUUAACGGCCAGAUUUGAACUGCGUAAAUGCAUAAAACGUUUUAUUAUAAUAAAAGCUAAUAACAGUGAUAACAAUUUUUAUAUCAUGAACUAAGUUGUACAGGACUGGACACGAACAAGGUUGGAGGGUGUUGAGGGUUGAUUAUGAAAUGUCAUAGAACUGGCGGAAUACAGGGGAAUUCGCCUUUCUAGCAUUACCAGCGUUGUCUUAGUGGAUAUUUAAUAUUUAUGGAACUAUAUAGAUUACAUAUCACAAAUCAUUAUCAUUAUCAUUAUUUGGUUACAUUAUAUGUUUAUAAAAUACCCAGAUAGAUGGCGAAACUACCGAUAGAAAGACAAAUUACCCCGUACCCCACCCAACCUAUAACAUUUCGUAAAUAUAAUAAUUAUCUCGUGUCCUGUCCUGUAUAUCUUAGUUCGUGGUUUAUACCCCAGGAAAGCCGCUGCUGUUAUCACAUUAAAUAAAUCCGAAAAUCGGUUUAGACAAUCGACUAAUUUUAAUAUUGAAUAAUUAAUUAUUUUAAUCAUAUAGGAAAAAAAUAACUUUACAACACUAUUAUUUGGGUUAUUGUAUAUCGAUUUAAAUUGGUUUCCGAUGAAAACAAAUUAGACACAAAAUCCCAAUUUACCUAAUUAGCUAUUUAAUUAUAAUUUAUAUUAAUACAUUAAAUCAUUUUUGAAAAUAAUACAUUACAAUUUUGUUGUAAGUAGUGUUAUAAAAUACAAAUUACAAUGUAGGAAUAAAAAUAAUUAAAUUAAAAUAUUUAAGUCGCAAUCUAAAAUCCGUGUUAUAGAGACAUUAGUUGCACAUCCAUCCAUUGUUAAACUACAUGUCUACAUUUAUACUAGAGGCAUUUAAAAUGUAUACAAUUUGUUUUGUGAGUUUAGCCUUUUGCAUGCUAGUUAACUUAGAGACUAAAAAAUAACUAAUUGGUAGUUUCCAGCCAUCACUUUUAGAAACCACUAACACCAAGCAUUUUUUUACUAAAUCUAUAGAAUCAGUCGAAUUAUUAUUUAAAUAAUACUACCGCUAUAUUUCGACAAUCUUUCAUGAUAAUAUAUGUGAUAAUGGCAACAAAGUGUCAACAAUUUAAAUUAUAUGUACAAUUUUUUUUUUUGGGUCAGAGAUGAACCUGUAAAAAUUCGUCGUUCUUUGCACUAACAAAUUAUACAUGCAAGAUACGAAACGGCACUUGAAUCUUAUUCUAUGCUUAUAUCGCAGCUAAUCCUCAUAUCUAAGGGCCGUUUCUCUAUCCACAACCCGAGAACGCGGCCGGUAGCCCGACGAGCCAUUCUGGAAUAGCCUGCCUGAGGUGCUCCACCAGUUUAGCCGUGGUGGCUUAAUACAUAAUUUAUAAAAUCAUAAAUUAAUAUUUCUUUAACAUAAAACGAACAAAAUUCAGUUAUGGUAUAGUAUUUUUUAUGAUUCAGCGAUAUGAGUUUCGGCAAAAUUGGCCUCCUUGUCCUUCCUUCAUAAUUUUGAAAUUGUUUAUAACUUGGAGGUAAUUUAAGUUUAACAAAUUUUUCAUAUUUUAUAAUUUAAUAAAUAAUUAUAUAAUAUUAAAUAAUAGUAUGAUACUUAAUAAGCUAUAAGAUAUUUGUUUUACUUGAACUAAAACGCGAUGUUUUAGUGUACUUAUAAGAUCGGUACACUAGUAUAAAAUUCAAAAAUAGACCCUAAGAUACCUACCUAUUUAUCACUUACAUUGAAUAUCUAUAAUCUACAUUCUAUUUAUAUUGUAUUGUAAACAUGUCUACAAUACAACUCGAGUGAUAAUUAUUUAACUGUUAAAAGAUCUAGAAAACGACAACGUAGUUAAAACUAGGUUAGAUAAAUAUAUUAUCCCUUAUUAUUAACUCUUAUUUUUUCAGUUUAUCCGAGAUAUUAUGAAACUUUACAAGAACAUUCUAAACUAAUGGAACGACGCUGUAAGCUAUUUUAAUCUCUUCCAUAAUACCAAAUUAUACCAAGAGUUGUUUAAUAUUUGUUACAAAUAUUACAAUAUUUCGCUAAAGUCUUCGCUAUCUUAGUGUUCACAUUUAGCGUUACUACGAUGUUCCAAUAUUCUAAAUCUGGCAUUCUGACUUCUAUUAGCGAUAGUUAUUUAUUUGCGCUUAUUUAGUUUAUUUAACUACAGCAACAUAGAUCCUAUAUAAGAUACAUGAUAUGGAGUUCUGUGUGUAGUCAAUUUGUUUCAUUACCGAUUAAUUUAAAAUAGCUGAUUUCAUUAUUGGCCAAUAAAAAUGAUUGUACUGGUUUUGGUAAAAGUUACCGCCGUUAGCGGUGCAUUGUAAUAAUGAUUUGUCAUAAAUCGUUAGGCUACCUUGACGUCCUUAACAGCUAGUUACUCAGAAAUUAGCGAGAUAUUAUAACAAUGGCUCUAAAUAUUUUACUUUCUAUAUUUUCUGUAUUUAUUAACUGUCUAAAAUUUUAAUUUUGUAAUUAUUAUAUUUAUAGUUUUAGAACCACUUUCAAGAUCAUAUUUUUUGCUUAUUAAACUAUGUAAGUAAUUCUAAUUUUAUUGUUAUCAAAUAAAUUAAAUAAAAUGGGUUUGAUUAUUUUCUAUUAUAAUUCAAAAUAAUCAAAUAUAAUAGUUGAAAAGAAUAUAUAUUUUCCAUGAAUGUCAGACAUAAUUUAUAAGUUUGAAAAUUGUUCGCAAAUAUAUACAUUAUCAAAUGUGUGUGAAUCAAUUUUUUUUUUUUUAUGUGUGUAUCUUUAAAUUUUAUUUAUACAAGUGAAACAAUACCAUAGAAUCUUAUUUCCAAAAAAAAUCCAAUUUUUGAGCAGCGAUUUUAAAUGAAUAACACAAAUUGUAAGUAGAAUAUUAAUAUUGACAAAGCUAUUAGCCAUAAAACGUAAAAAUAUACAUAGGAUUUGAUAAAUUAUGAAACCACACUUGAAAAUAUUUGUAUGUAUAACUGUACCUGUCUCUUUUGAAGCACUGAUGAGGUAUGGGUAGCUUAUUCAUAUUUUUACUAUCUAUGAUUAUCUUGCUUACAUGCCUGUAUAUUUAGUCAUGACUCAUGAGUAAGACGGAUGGUGUAAUUUUUUUCACCAAAGAAAAAUAUUUUCUAGGGAAGUUCUAAGUGAUGAUUUAUCAACAAUAAUUUAUUAUUUGUAUCACACUCUUGAGUGGGUCCAGUUUUUGCUCAAAAGCAUCAGUAGUUGUAUUGAUACAACUGUAGGUAGGUACGAGUGUAUACCUAAAAUCUGAUAAAAUUAAUAAUUUAUAAACUGAUUGGUGUUUAUCGAAAACACGGUAUUAAUUAAAAAUACGGUAUUUAUUAAAAAGACAGUAUUUAUACGGAAAACAUAAUAUUUGUCGAAAAUACGGUAUUUACCGAAAAAAAAAAUGGUAUGUAAACACAUACCGAAUACCAGUGAGUCAAUUAUACAUAUCGCCAGAGUGUAGGUGCUUGAUGUCAAUGAUUUUUUUAACAUGUCUAUUUGUAUAAAUGUAUAAUAUAUUAAUAUUGCAAUUAAAUAACUAAUUCAAAGUAUUUUUUUUCAGUUCAUCCAACAAUAACUGACAAAAACUUUGAGGAAUAUGAAUGUAGAAUAAAUAUCGCCUUAAAGAAAGGUAAAUUGUUUUAAAGAUGGUACUGAUAUGUGAUAACUAGUCAUCAAUAUCGAUUGAUAUAACUUACUAAAACUUGUUUUAUUCGAUUGCAUUGUUGAAUCUAUGACGUUCACUGUAUCUAUAUAGCUACAAACUAAUGUUUCAAAAGACCUUAUGGGUCUUUUACGACGUUUAAGAGGUAGUACAUGGGCCAUGCCUCCACACAGACAUUUCGUUAGCUAAAAAAGCUAUUCAUUAAUAAAUCCUAGAAAUGAUACCAAUUCUUCUGCCACUAAUUGGCUAAAUUGUUUCUAACAAGUGGCUUCUUAAUUUGGUUAAUUGUCAGUCUACGUAAAUAUGAAAUCAUUUAGGAAAUAAGAAGCAUCCCUGUAUUAUUAUUUUUCUGAUUUUGACUGUCUCUGAUUGUUCCUUAUACAUAUAUAUAUAUAUAUUAUAUUAUAUAUAAUUUGGCGUUCUAUAAAAUCGGCACUCAUAUUUUACAGUGUUUGAAAAAGCUCUUUUCAUGGAACUGUAAAGAGUAAUGACUUUUUUAAGCCAAUGAACAACUUACUGUAUCUAUUAUAUAUUUUACCAGCUUCUCAAUUAUGAUAAUGUUAAAUUAUGAUAAUGAAAUAUAAAUACAAUAUUUUUUAGAAAUCUGUAGGUAUAUUUAUUAAUUAUAAGUACCACUGUAAGUUAAGUAGCUGGAGUUUUAAGGGAAUAUUGUGAAAACAGAUCCUCCACUGCUGCCAGUUCAAACAAGAAAAAAAGACGGACAUACUUUGCACAAUGGGGUGGGUCACUGUUGUAGGUGAGAAGUUGGGGAGUUAGGAUGUAGAGAGGAAUCUAAUUACGCAUCGAUAAACCAUUGCUAACGAACAGCGAUUUGGGAUGAAGUUUCUUUUAUACAUGUACUCGUAUGUAAAUUCACCCGUUUUUCCUACAUUUUUCCCGGGUUUUCUCAAUUAUUAUGUAAAACUGCUUGAAAAAUAAAAAAGUGACCUCAUAAAUGUAUCACUAAAAAAUAAUUUAUUUUCAGAAAAGGUACUAAAUUUGAAAAUCGGAGCUAGAUUUCUGGUGGAAAAGUUGUUCACUGACAGAAAAAAAAAAGAAAAAACACACAUCAUAGUGAAACCAAUAGAUCCCUCGCUAAGCUCCAAAUCUAAAAUAAACAUUAUUGUAAAACCUAUACAUUCCUCACUGCGCUUGCUUCGAAUUUAAAGAUAUGUAGUUAUGUAAUAUAGUUAUGUUAUCUUCAAUCACGGUUUUAAUUUUAUGGGACUGAGUAAGUUAAUGAUGGAUAUUUGCAAUUCAGAACGACAUAAUAUUCCUCCCACCUUAGAAGACGAAUCAAAAAAAAAACAUUAUAAAUUAUUUUGUUUGAUAUUUACUUAAAAUUAAGUUUUAGCUUUAUAUAUUUUUUAGUGUUUGUAUAGGUUAGGUAUAUACUCUUAUAUAUAUUUUUUUUGUCUGUCUGUAAAUAACUUUUUUACUAGAAAUUUUGUUUCAAUCACAGAAUGUUAAGAGACAUUUUUUGUUGAAUUUUGGAUUUAGUCAAUCCAUUAGGGAAUUAAUUUAAACUAUUUUUGAUUUGAUUUUUCUUCUAAAAAUUUUACACUGAAAUUCAAGUGUGGUAUUUUUUUUUUAAGGAAAAUUGUAUUUAGCUGAUAGAUAAGAAAGAUUUUCUGUGUAAUUUUCUUAAUGAAUGGACAAAACCAAAGGAAAAACGUAGAAAGAAUGAGAAAGUUUACGGAAAUAAUGGUUUUGUUAUUUUCAAUUUUGUUUUGGAUUCUAAGUGAAACGAAGAAGAUUAUGGUUUUACAAAUUUUUUUUUUUUCUGUGGACAACUUUUCCACCAGAAAUGUCGCUCUGAUUUACAAUGAUAUCACUUUUUCUGAAAGUAAAUUUAACUGAGAAGGUACUUUAAGGAGGUUGUUUUUUAAUUUUCUCAGGAGUUUUCUCAAUAUAUUGGAAAAAAUAGGAGAACAGGAAAAUAGGUACAAUAUUAAACAAAUACUAUAAAAAAAAAAAGUUUAAUACAUAUGUAAUCAUUUUACCAUAAUAUGUUAUAUGUAUUGUUGAAAAAGCAAAACUUUCAACUGAAUUCCGCUCAGAAUCGUUUUUUGUUAGAAAUCGUUGUAAUAUAUUGAAUUUUUUAGUACUUGUAAAAUAAACAAUCAAAGUUACACAGCACAAUUACCAGUUCCAUCACAAAAAUUCCUUAAACAGUAUUGCCACCUUAAUUCACAUUAAUUACGCAUAUCACUCACAUAGAGGCGCGCACGUAGUUACCGUGGGGAAGUGGGCAUCGUCUGUGUGGGAGACCGCGGAAAGCAUAAAUACGCCACAAGCUUCACUAAUUAAAUUCCUUCUCUGGGUUCGCCAAGCAAAAGCAGACAUUUUUUGCUCACUCACUCUAACCAUACUUUUUUUUCAAAUCUAUACAGUAGUUGCAGAUACCGAAUGCGGGGUGGUGUAUUUGGUACUCCCUAUUUUAUAUACCUAGUAAUUGUGCUUAUUAUCACUAUUGUUUUACCAUAAAUUGUAUUUAUUUUUUAAAAAAAAAAAACAAAAAUGUCUACCUAUAACAAUGGUCGUACCUACCUACAAAGUAUGUCAGUCUUUUGUUAUUUUAAUUUUGUUAGAGAUAAUCGUAAAGACUUGCAAUUUUUAAAGAUUUCUUUAAUUGGCUUUAUUUAGACAUAGAAAAUUUAAAAAAACUAUUUAAAGAACUAUUUAUAAACAUUCUAUAUUUGUUAAUUUCUUUUCAAAAAUGGGUUUCGAUCACCUCCCUUAAAUCAUUUUUAUUAUUAUAUACUAUACAAAACAUAAUAAUUUAAAUACAGUUAUAUUCCUUUAGAAUUCGAUUAGCAGAUACCUGUCAUCUAUAAAAAAAAUCGUACUUAAUGUUUAUUUAGAAAUGUAUACAGUGCCUCUCCCAGGUAUGGUAUCGAUUGUUCAAAGCUCGGAAUUUCAAAAAUGGAAAUCAAGUGAGUUAUAUACUUUGAAACAUGUUAUGGUAUAAAAUAUUAUAAAUAAAGAUACAUUUUAUACAAUAGAUAUCAAGCAUAUUUCUAAUGUAAUUUCAUUAAUAAAACAUAGAAAAACAAGUAUAUACUUGUAGACAGAAUAUUAAAAUGUAUAUCAAUUUUUAUUAGGAAUACCUUAUCCGUAUGAAGGCUAUACGUCUUAUGUUCAAAGAGUACAGACAAAUUGUGAGUUAUUUCAUGUAUAAUACAUAAUAUAAUGAUAUUAUUUUAUUAGUAUUUUAAUAAGUAAUGAGUUUUAUUUUACUGAAUUAAAUUUGCCAAAAUAUAUUUUAGCCUUUAACUGUUUACCUGUAGGUAUAUUUUAUAAUAUUAUUAAUUGUGAUAAUUAACUAAUAUUAUAGUUUCAAAUUUGACAGAAGAUGAAUUAAAACAAGAUUACGAUGAUAUGAUAAAAAGUAAAUACCUUAUGUAGUACCUAAUUAGUACCUAUAUUUAAGUACCUAAUUAUAUGUUAUGUUUGGGUCUUGGGUUAAAAAAUCAAAGAGAAAUAAUUAUAUAAUAUUUAAUGCUGUACAUUUAUCUAUUCUCUAUUAUGACGAUAACAUUGAUAGUUCUAUUAUCAUGUUGUAAUAAUACUUAUUUUGUCUAUAAUGUUUAAAUUGUUCCAAUGGUUUUGUACGUAAACAAUAAAAGUAUUUUGUUUUUUCAGUUUAUCCACAGUUAAGUGAUACGUAUGAAGACUAUGUAAAAUUAAUGAAUGAUAUGUGUGAGUAUAUUAUUCGAAAAUAAUAUUGAUCAGUAUAAUAUAAUAUUAUGAACUUCGGAAAUGUAAAAUAAUAUUUGUUUGCAUCAUAAUUAUUACUUAAAUUUCAGUAAUACAACCGUUAGAAGAAAAUGAUUAUAAACACUAUAAAUUUUGUAAGUUAUAAAUUAUAAUAAUUAUUUAUCUUUAAUAUUAUAUGAGCUUAUUACAUAUAUAGUUUUUUCCUUCGUAUAGUCUUUCUUAUUUCAGUUAAAAGUUUUGAUAUUAUAUAUUUAACAUGAAUAUAUAGGUCGAAUCUUGAUUAAUCAAAUAGGGUGGUUGGUAGGUUUGGUACGUGUUAAUUUAAAUGCCAUUUUCUUGUACUAAUUUUAGAUAUAUAUAUAGAUAUAUUAGUUUGUAUAUUAAGAGCUCCUUUUGAAUGUGCCUCCAUCUAUUCCGAUCAAUUGCAUUUUCCAUUUUUAUUAACAUAUCUGAUAUAUUUUUUCUCAUUCUAUCUUACUAUCACUGGCGGGGGUCUUUCUCUUAACUGGCUAUUUUGUUGGGUUUUUAAUUAUUAGGACGUUUCAUAUAUAGACUUUCAUCAUUCCGCCAACUAUAUUGGCAUUGGGCACUGGGCAGUCCAAUAAUAUAAUUUUGCCUUUAGGUUCAUGGUGAUAUUUGGUUUGUUGUAGGUAGAGGAAAAUCCUUCCUAGUUCAGUAUUAUCGUUUCUCAUAUUUUCCAUUUUGAAUUCAUGCAGGAUCGUGAAUUUUUUGAAAAAUUAAAAUUAUUUAAUGUAGUUUUAAAGAUAUUUUAUUGUUAUAUUAAAUUUAAAAUAAUUUUUUUUUGACUCCAAAUAUUUGUGUUAUGUUUUAAAUUAUUUAAGGGUUUUUUAAAUGUGUCGAAUGAGAUUAAAUUAAUAUAUAAGGUAUACCUUAAGAGGAAGUAUAUAAGUACAUAAGUAUAUAAAAUGCAGAUUAUAAUUUAAGUUAUAUAUAUAUUUUAGAUUGUCCAAAUAUUGGUGCAGAUUACAAUAACUAUCUGGAUAAUUAUAAUAAUCUAAGUAUGAUAAUAUUUAAUAAUAUCUCAUAUUCAUAUAAUAUUUAGAUUUAUAUGAUGAAAUAUAAUACAUUAAAGCUGAUUACACACUGAGCGAUUUGAACGCGCGUUUUUCAAUGAUAAAAAGCGCGCCAAUACUUUUAUUUUGUGAUAUACUAGUCUUGUUGUUACUGUGUAUCGUAGAUGAUCACAUGACGUGUAGUAUUUCGCGUUGCGACCCAGUGUUAUUUCGUUUAUUAUUUUCAACUAUGGAAAGCUUAAACGAUAUAGAAGCCGCAUGUGUUAUGUUCGUACUAUUCGAGGAACAUGAACAAAAGCAAAAACAAAAAAAAGUGAAAAGGCGACGUUGGGUCUAUCCGCUUAAUCCUUAAACACCAGAAAAUGGUUCUUCAUUUGACAUCUUAAUAAUAAACUAUUGUCGAACAUUUUUACAAUAUAAAUGGAUACAAUUUGUUCUGAGAUUGUACAUGAUUGAAGGCACAUAUUAAGAAUGACCGAAAAUAAAAUUUGGCGCGAUCGCGAUUACGGCGUUCGAAUUACCCGUGUGCUAUUAAAAACGGAAAUGCGUUGAAAAUACAUUAGAAAAUUAUAGUUAAGGAAUGUUUAAAAUUAAACAUGCGAGUUUUGGUGCGUUCGAACACGACCGCGUCUCGUUUACGUGUGUGAAUAAACUCAUAUAAAAGUAGGCACAUAUUGUAUAAUUUUGAACGAUUAAUCGCGACGUUCGGAGACGCGUGUUCGAAUGCAAUCUACUUAAAACUAUAAUAUAUAAGCAGUGAAUGAAAAAAAAAUAAUAAUAAUAACACGAAGUCAUUUAAUUUUUUUAAGAACCCGGUAUAGAUGAAACAUUGAAAAAAUUAAGUAAGUUUCAUGAUACCUAUAUAUUAUAAUUUAUAAUAAAUAGGAAGUUUAAACACAGAAAAUCGACCAAGUACUUUAUGCUGUACUUUAUUACAUCAUAGAAAUAUUUGUUUAGAUCUUCAAUAAUUUAUUAAUAAAUAAUAUAAUAAAGCGUUUUUCUUCUUCCCGAUUUUACAAGUUGUAUUUCACAUACGGUACCCCACCAAUUUAGAAUUUUCAAAAAUGGUGUUUAAGUUAUUGCCAAAUUUUGAAAAUUCUUAAUUGAUAGAGCUAGAAUAACGUUCGUUUAUAUUUCUAUAAUUUAAUAUCCUUAUAAAAUAAUAUGUAGAUUUCAGUGUAGGCAACAUAAUAUGGCAGAUCAUAUAGGGGAUAGGAUGUCCUACAGUGUUAUCUUUACGUUAAUAAUUCUGUCAAUGUUCAUUUUUUUUCAAUUGUGCUUAGAGCGAGGGGACACAUAUCAUGUGUAGAGAGAAAUUGAAAUUUCAUUUUCACCCCGUAAUUAUUGAAAAAAAAACUUUUUAUUUAAAUUAAUUUUUCAAAACACUUCACGUGAUAAGGAAUUACAAUCAGCACAGUAAUUCCUUCUUCUAUUGAAUACUCGUAAUAAUUAUUUUUACGCGUAUUUUCAAAAUCAUUGUAACUAAGAAACUAUAUUAAUUGAAUAUGAAUGUAUGAUACAUUAAAAUUUUUAAAAUAAUAUAUAUUAAAAAAUGGCUAUUUUGAAAAUUUUAAAAUGCUACUUUUUCUGUGAUUAAGGGGUGGACAUUGAAAUUUAAUAUUUUUCUGCAUAUGUGUCUCUAUCGCACAAAAUUCGAUUGAAAAAAAAAAUGAGCAUUGACAGAGUUCUUGGUAUAAUAAUAACAUUGUAGGACACUCUGUAUUACACUAAACAUCAAUCUACCUGCUAUCCCAGCACAAUCAAGAAUUGUUAAAAUAUUUUUUAAUCCUGUUAUGUCUGCUUAGAUAUUUCAAUAAUGACUGAAGACGAAUUUUCAACAUUUAUCUCAAGUAAGUACAUACUCAAUUAUUAUACUUCUACGUUCAAUGGAAAAUUAAAAAAAAAUAUGUCCAAGGAUAAUGCAGCCACUAUUAUAGGUAAUUUUCAAUGUAAUCUGUAAGCAAUAAUAAACUAUUGCUAACGAAAAAACGAUUCUGACCAAAUUUCAGUUGAUAGUGAUGCUUUGUCAACAAUAUAUAUGUCUCAUCAUGGUAAAAUUAAAUAAAUAGGCAUUAUAUGUUUUCUUCAAUAAUAUCUGUUAAAUAUUGCACCGAUUUUUCCGUUUUUCCCUGGUUUUUUUUCCAAUUUUUGGGAAAAUCAAAAAAUAACCUUCUAAAAGUACCUUCUCAAUCAGAUUUUCUUUCAAAGAAGAUGUUACAAUUAAAAAUUGGAGAAAGAUUUCUGAUAAAAAAGUUGUUUACAAGAAAAAAAUAAAAAUAAAAAUAUUUUUCAACUAAUACCUACAUUUUGUACAUUUACCCGUUUUUCCUCCGGUUAUUUUCGGUAUUUCACAUUCUGUAUUCACAAACUCAUGGUAAAAAAAUCUCCUCAAAGUAUCUCUCCAGUCUAAUAUUCUUUCAGAGAAGGUGUAACACUUAAAAAUCGGAGCAAAAUUUCAAAUCCACAGAUAAAAAAAAUAAAAUAAAAUAAAAAGACAUCUUUGUAAAACCAUAAGCUUCUUCGUGCCACUUAGAAUAUAAAAAACAAAAAUGUGCGAGUUUUUCUUAUCUAAUAUCGUGUUAUGUUGUUUCCAUCAGUGGCAGAGCUAGGAUUUUUUUUUUUAGGAGAGGUUUCAGAAUUUUCAUUUUUUGUUCAAAUGUAACUUAGUAUCUUUAUUAUAUGAAUAUGACAUACAGCACACAGCAUAUUAUACUUAAUAAUUUUAUUUAUGUGUAACAUAACACAUCUUAUAGAACUCUGAUGCAUGACUGCAUACAGUAAAAAUAAUAAUGUUUGACAUAAAUAUGACCUAGGGGGUGGGGUUGUAUAAAUACCUAAAACAUCCCCCCUCCCAAAUUCUCCCUCCCAAUAUUAUGCCAUUGGUGCCUGUAUGGAUAAGUGUGUAUUACUGUACAGUGUACACAAUUAUAUUGAUAGAAUGUGCCAUACCAUACAAAUAUGAAUCGAGCUUUAACUAUAAACAUAAUAUUAUUUGUUUAAGGAAUUCCGUCGCCGUAUGAAAGAUAUCUUAAUUAUCAUAAUAGAAUAAUAUCCUAUUCAAGUAAAUAUUUAAUUUAAUUCAACUAAAUUAUCUUAAAACAUGUUAAAUAAAAAUAUUAAACAGACAUUAAUAAAUUAAAUUAAAUUAAAUUAAAUUAAAUUUGACUAAAUUUGGCUAAGUACGAUAAUCUUUAAAGUCUGUAUUAUUUCAGUCUAUUAUAGUUUUAAGAUAAUAUACAGAUAGUUUCUUCAUAUAAUGUACCAUUAGUAUACAAUGUAUGUUUAGUUAGAAUAUGUUAUAUUGUCAUCAAAACAUCACAAUUCAAAAUUCUUAUUGAAAUCGCGUUCAUGUGAUUACAGAAAAAUAGAAUUUUUGUCAGUAUGGAGACACGAACACAAACUUUUAAAUAUAGAAAAUUCUAUGUAGAUAUAUGUAUAUUUAUUUAUAAAUUUCAGAAUUGAUACCUUUUGUCAAAAACGAAUUUGAUGACUAUGAAAAUCGUAAGCAAUUUGAUUUAUAUUAUAAAUAAUAAAUAUGAAUAAAUAACUUAUGUCUUAUAGUAUAAUUUAUGAAAAUAGUGAUAAAUUAAUACUAUCACCUAUGACUGUAGGUAAAAACACCAAAGUUGUUUAAGAUCAAUACUCAAUAGUGUAUAACAAUUUAAAUUUAACAAAGUCAAAACCGUUUCUGAGUAAAGUUUGGUUAAAUAUGAUUUAAAAUGUCAUUAUUGGAGUGCGGAUUUAUAUGUAUUUAAAACUCAAAAAUAUGUACAUAUAUAUAUAUAUAUAUAUGUAUUUAUUUUUACUCAAAUAGGCAAUUAAAAAUAUAAGAUAUUUAAAAAAAAAAUAUUAUUGUAAUUAUAAUUAUAUAUUAGUAUAUUAUUGUUUAUUACUAUUUAUUUUUAUUAGGAUCCUCGUCGUCAGAAAAAUAAUGAGUAACCAUGUAUUUUUUUAAGUUUUCUAAUACAAAUCGACGUCGAUUAGGGCGCAAUAUGAUCUUGUGGCGACUAAAGGACCUUCCAACAUCUACAGAAAUUGUAGGUGCAAAUUUGAAAGCUCCUAAUUCAGAUGGAUUGAAAUCACGGCAAGAUUGUGUAUCGCUGCCAUUGUGACCGUUUGCUAUAGAUUCAAUUGUCUUUAAUUCAGGAUUCUUGUCAAAUACUUAUUUAAUCUUUUUCUUGAUUUUUAUUCGGACCCCUCCUGGGGCUUCUUUUAAUUUUCUUUCCGUAUUAUUGACUAUACUCAAGCUAUCAAUAAAAGACAAAUAUUGAGAUUCAAGUUUCGUGAUAGAAUUAGUAAGGAAUAUGGUAUUGAAAGAUAUGCCUACUAAAUUAUUUUUCAAUGAAGUACUUUUAAUCAAAUUUUGGGCAUUUUCUAUUGAAACGGCAUCAAUUUCGAAUUUUAAAAUCACAUAUUCAAUAAUAUUAAAACGCUCACAAUAAUAUUGUAAUACACCAAUAAGUAAUACACCGGUUUUGGAGGGAGUGGUUUGUGGGGAUAACUUAGUUUAAAAAAAUAUAGGCGACUUGAGCUUUAAAGAAAUUUUUUUUACAGUUGAUAUCUACAAAUCCACUUAGAAAAAUCUAGAUCUAAUUGUUUUCACAACUCGAUGAAUUGAAUAGGUAAGACAAGUCACAUGUAUCAUUUUCGAAACUAUACAUAAAAGUGUGCGGUUAUAACGACCGACUACGACUGGCGCAGUAUAUUUUUCAUUGGAAUUAACGGCGACAACGAUGAUUUUUUCAAUAUAGGGGAAUAUUUAACAAACAUAUGCAAUAAAAUAAAUUAUGUUAAAAUAUGUAAGUACGCUUGAAAAUGUAAAAAUAUGUAGUAUCAACCAUAGCUUAAAGCAUUCAGAUAUUACCGAAACAUAUUCUAUAGAAGAAUCGUUCGGUUACCAUCUAUCAUCAUAAAUAUGUAUAUACAUAUAAAUCCGCACUCUAGUUACUAUUUUUACAAUUUUUAUCAAAAUUUGAUUUUAAAAUGCUUAUAAAAAAACUACUACAUAACGUGCAACUUUUUUUUUUACCACUAAGUAUAUUCAAUUUAUAAUGAAUCUAAUAUUAAAUGUUCAAGUAUUUCUAUUCAGUUAAAUAUUUGUAUCCACAUAAUACCUAUGAAAGCCCAUAUUAAAACAAAAAACUUAAAAAUGUCAGAUGCCUAUAAAUAAAUAAAUAAAUAAAUAGAAAACUGUAGCAAGUCUAUAAAAGGUUAAUGUUUUUGAUUAAAAUACAAAUCAAUUGAAAGUUUAAAAUUCAUAUAUUUCCAAUUCAUUUUUAAUUUCUAUCUAGUUUCAACUGGUUUUAAUUUUGUUUAAUCGAAAAAUGGAGACCUUCAAUUUUUAACGCUUUUUGAUUGAUUUGAUGAUGAACCCCCAUUUAAAACAGAAAAGACGAAAAAAUAAAAUAAAAUUUAUUACACAGGGAGUAAACUCAAUCGUAUUAGAUUAUGAUAAGAAAAGAGAUUUAAAAAUGUUACCAACGUUAACUUAAUUUAUAAUAAUGUUUUUUGUUUUAGUUUAUACAUUACCUUAUGAGACUUACUUGGAAUACAAUAAUAGGUUGAAAUGUAUUGGUGAGUAUUUUUAACAGUAUUUUGUACUCCGACAUAUGUAAAGAAUUUCAGUAGAUACCUAAAUAAUUUAUUUUGUUGGCUUAAAGUGAAUAAUGAAGUGUUAUUUAAUUAUAAAAUAUAUUAUUAGAUAGAAUAGCAGUGCCUCUACAUAAAUUCAAAGAUCAUAAGGCCUGUAUGUUAUUUCAAUUCACAUAUCUAUUAUUUAUUUUUAAUUUUAAUUUUUAACAUUUUUUUUUACUUAGGCCAAGUUCUUUUAGGCGAAAGCUAUACUGAACAUCUUAAUAAAAUUGAAAAAUUUUGUAAGUAACUAUAAGAUGUACUUAUACAGUAUAAAAUUAUAUUAGAAACGAUUUAAUUAGUAGGUACCUAUAUUAUAAUAUAGCGAAUAUAUUUAAUUUUAUAAGUAUUAUGAAUUAGAUAGGUAAGUUAUAGGUAUCUAUAUAGCAGGGAUAGCUAAUAUGAAUAUGUUCGCGAGCCACAUAUAUAAAUGCAAUGAUAUUAAGUGCCGAAAUAUUUGUAAAGACAUUUUAUAAUUUUAUAUAAUUUGAUUUAAUCUGUACGUUUAUUAAACAAAAGUAAUAAAGAUAGCUAACAGCCUAUGAACAUAUUAUCAAAUUGCGUAUUAGUUCAAUAUUAUUUUGUUUUGAUUAGAUUACAAAUUUUCUAACAAUUUCCAAUACCCAAAUAUUAAAAACUGCGCGGUAGAAUUGAUAUCAAUUUUUGGAACGCCAUAUUCGUGUGAAUCGCUUUAUUUAAAAAUGAAAAUAAUUAAGUGGAAAUAUCGUUUAAAUUUAACUGAUGAUCAUCUCACAGAAUUACUGGGAACUGUUCUAACAUCAAUGCGACCAGAUAUUAAGAAGCUUACUAAAAAAAUAGACGCGAAAAAAAUACCACGCAAACAAAUUUAGUUUAAUGUUUAUAUUUUUUUUUAUUAUUCGUAAUUAUUUGUUAUGUAUAAAUGUUUAUUAAUCUGUAUUUUAUAGCCUUAUAUCUAUAUAGUAAAAAUAUUUUUUUUUUUAUAAAUGUGUACGAAAAAAAAUUAAAAUUCAUUUUAAUAUACUCAAUUCAAUUAUUAUAAGUAAAUUUUGUUUUUGUAAAUAAGACGCGAGCCGCAUGUAAUUCGCGAGCCGCAAGUUGGCCACCCCUGCUAUAUAGUAUAUAUGUAGGGCAGGACUGUUCUAGAACAGUGAGCCACUGUCUUUAGUUGAAUUCUGGGCCGGUGCCUAAAAAAAAGUCAUUGAUCUAUAAUAGGACCCAUAUGUGACAAUAAAAUACAGUUUACUCGCUUUAAUGUAUAUAUUUUUAAUAUGAAUGAAAACAUAUAAUUUACUCGUAUUUAUUUGCAAAAUUUGAUAAGCAAAAAAAACAAAAAGUCAAAAGAAGGUCAUCAACAAAAAUCGAGAUGGGCUGCCUUUAAAUCUAGGACAGUGGGUUAGACCCUACCCAGUCUAGCUUUGUAUAUAUGUGCCAUAUUUAUUUAUAUAGAGUGAAUCACUAAGCGUACUCAUUCCUUUUUUUUAGUUGAAUUUUGCAUAUAUUCAAAUUCUGAUUUUUGGAAUAUUUAAGUGUAAUUGAAGCUUGAAGACAAUAUUUUAGAAUACUUAGAUUUUUCACAGCAUUUCAGGAAUAUCCUAUUGCAAUACCUACAUUAGUUUUUCAAAUGAGAACUUAUAUUUAAACUUCCAUAGAUUAAGUAUUAGUUUAAAUACAUUUUGGUGGUGAAAUUCUUGAUUUCCGUUUAUCCGUUGAUGAGAUAUUCAACUUUUAAGUUUAGAAAAGAGGAUAAUAGAGUAGGAGGAGAGUAGUGUAGUACUAUUGUAGUGACGCCACACAAAUUAUAUUCCACUACUCUCUCCCUACCUAAGUUUAAAAGUCGAAUUUCUCGUCAACGGGUUGACGGAAAUCAAAAAUGUUAACACUAAAAUUUAUUUCAAUUGAUACUUUAUUUAUUUAUGAAAUUUUUAAUAUAGAUUCUCAUUUGAAAAACCAAAGUUAGUGUCACCACAGGAUACUCCUUAAGUGCAGUGAAAAAUUUAAUUAUUUUAAAAUAUCGUCUUCAACUACACUUGUUUAACAAUAUAAAUGGAGUGGCGCGCUUAGUGAAUCACCCAGUAUAUAGAUACCUAUUUUUAACUGUUAAGUAUUAACGAUACUGAUCAAAAAUAUCUUUGAAUUUUAAAGUAUAAAUAAUUUUGUAUUUAAUAAGAACGUUUAAUUACUAUACAUACAUAAUAUACAAUUUAUUAUAUAACUAAAGUCAUGAAUUAUUGUUGUUGGGAUAUUAUUAUUUAUUAUUAUAGAAGAAUAAAAUGUUCUCAUGUUGCAGUGUUAUAUAUUUACUUUUACUACCUAUAAUUAUUUAAUAGAUUCAAUAAACUUAAAUGAACACGAUGAACACUUCAAUGUGCGAUGGAUGGAAAUAAAUGGUAAGGAUUAUUUUUGUAAAUAAGACGAGUCUAUGACGUUAUUAUGCUCAGUGCCUGAUUAGUGAACAUAAUAAAGGGGAGUUAUUUUAACCAAAAAAAAAAAUUUAUAUAUUACCUAUAUUACCUAUAUAUUACUUAAAGCUAUAUAUAAAACCUUAUACAACCUAUAUUAAAUAACUAGUAAUAAACGGUUGUCCUACACGGAUUGCCCGUGUACAGUACCGAAUGAAAAAAAUAAUAAAAACUGUUUUUCCCCUGUGCCCUCCCUCGUUUCUGCGUGUACAGAAUUGAACAAAAGAUCAAUUGUUUUUAGGGGAGGGGGGGUGUAUAAAUUGGAAAAAAUUAGGUAUACAAUCAAAUAUUAGUACCUGUUUUAUUAAUCUAUAUAUAAAGUACAAUAUUUUUUAACCUGCGAAUGCCGCAGCUAUAUUGUACCCACACCUAGUUAUGUGUAUAUGUUAGUAGGUAUAGGUAUGUCAUUCAAUGACCAAUAUAAUUUCAUAUGAUAAUUUAAUUAUUAAAUCAUUGGUACGUUUAGGUAUAGAAACAUUGGGCAAAACGAAUUUCGUUGAACAUAUGCUAAGUACUUAUAUAAUAUAAUCAUUUUAAUUUAAUCUACUCGUAUAAUUUUUUAUAAAUUAUUUUUAUUAAUUUUUUUGCUUAUUCAAACUUGGAGAAAUAUGUCUUUAUAAAAGUUAGUUUAGCAAAUGUUGAGUUGGAGGAAGUGCAGCUGGAGGCUAACAUUCCGUGUCUGUGAGCCCUGAAAAUAGUUCUUUUUUGUAGGACGCCUUACGUAGAAGAGGAGCCUAAUUCGAUACCAGCAAAUGAUAAGUUAUCGCAAGUUUGGCUGCCAGAAGAUAAUAGAACUUUAGCUGUCUAUGUCAUUGUCCGGGUAUACACUGCGUAGAAGCGUUCUGUAGUCGUAUUGGAAUGUCGUAUCAGGAAACAGGACUGAAUGUCUGAAUACAUGUGAUCAAGUACUAAAUUCAGAUCUCCAUACAAUAAACGAAUACUUCACACAGUGGAGGCUACAACCGAGCCCUAGCAAAACAGAUUUGUCUGAUUUACACCUCAACAACAAAUAGACUAACCACUCAUUAAAUUGGCCAUUCUUCGGGCGCAAUAUCACAUACAACCACAAUUCAAAAUACCUGGGAAUUACACUGGAUAGACCUUUUCCCAACAAUAAGUAAUUAUCUGACGUUGCAGCAAAAAUCAACUCCCUAAACAACAUCAUACAAAAGCUUACAGGUACAGAGUGAGGUGCUGAUUUCUCAACACUAUGAACAUCUACUAUCGUACUUGUUUACUCGAUUGCAGAAUAUUGAGCCUCUAUAUGGAUCAAUAGUUUUCACUUGGGCUGACGGUAUUUUCAGUAUACCGUUAAUGCUGGUUUUUGAAGAUUUUUGUGCCACACGGUAUACCGUAAAAAUCAUAGGAUACGGUAUACCGAAAAACCGUAGAUUUUUAACUAAUUUAACUAAGUUAAAUAACGUAAGUACGAUUACUGACAUGAAGGUAAAAACGAUUAAAUUCGAUAAUGUUAUUUUUACAAGAAAUCUUGGACGAACUUCCAUCAUCAUUAUCUUACCGGUUUAUUAAAGUUAUUUCGUAAUUCGGAGUAUUUCGGUACAUAGUUCAAAUGGUAUACUGGUUCCUAUCGAUAUUUCGGUACACAUUGGUAUUUCGGUAUAUCGGUACAUAUCGGUAUUGAACACAAUACUGUACUAUCGGUAUUCAUUUUCAAUACCGUCAGCCCUAGUUUUCAAACAAAAAAGAUAAAACCCAAUUAAAUCGCUUUAUACACAUAAUAUCCGGAACAUUAAAAUCCACUCUUACGUAAUGGUUACCUACGCUAUUUUACAUUGGCCUACCAGCACUACGACGCGAACAAGCUCUUAUAAAUUAAUGGAAGAAAAUGCUCCCUGUUCCCGUCCUUAUCGAUCUACUCUUAUGGUGCCUAACUUGCAAAACUCCCGAGGCUUAAAUCGAGAAAUCCUCCACGCGAAUAACAGCAAUUGAAUUAAAUACAUCAAAAUUUAAUCUCCACCAAACCUGAAAGGAAAAAUGAACAUCAUAAAACUUUUGGCCAGAGUUACAGGGCCACAAGGAGCGUUCCUGGUCAUGGUCUUCCUCGCAAAAUGGUCAGUGAUAAACCGAAUCCGAAUGGGUCACAGCAGAUGUGAUGACUUAAUGAACAAAUGGGCCUUUCUUCUAAGUCCUAACACCUAAUUGCGACUGUGGCUACCCUAAUCAAACAAUAUCUUACAUUAUCAGCGAAUUGUUGAAACAAAAAAUACAAUGGAUAUAUGAAGAAUUUUUCCAGUGUGUCCUUAAGUGUUAUGAAAUGAUGUGAAGAAAUCUCGAUCUUAAACUAUUGGAACCAAUACAACUCUACCAAUAUGUUAUCAUGUGUUAGCUAUGUUCAAAUUACACUAAUUCCGUUACUUACUCUAUUAUUACUAUUUUUUAAAUUUUUUUUAUUACUUGUUAUUUAUUCAUUGUUUGUUUAUUAUAAUUAUUAUUAUUAGACUUACAUUGACAUUUUUGUUAAUCAUUAUACAUGUAUAAUCAUUUUAUACAUGUCAUACGAAUAAAUACAAAUAUAAGGAGAGCAAAGUAAGCAGAACGCCUAAACACAACUAUUAUUAUCGGAUAAUAAAUUAAAGAUAAUCAAUUAAUUAUAAAUCAAUUGUAGUAUUUUUUCCCUUCAAAAGUCGCAUGUUUUACAAGUUUUAGAAAAAAGUAAACAGAAUAACAAUUGUUAAACAAAUAAUUUAAUUAUUAUGAUAUAUAUAUAUAUAUAUAUAUAUAUUCUUAUAUCAAAUUUUUAGGGAAAUUAAUCAAAAAUCAAUUAUUGUACAAAUUGAAAACUAUUUUCACUUUUUUGUUAUGCAAAAUGACUGCACUUAAACAAAAUUUCACGAUUUUAUAAUAAAAAAAAAUGUACGGUACAAUUUUCGAGUAGGUACCUAUUUAUUUGGUUUUAUGUGGUUUUAUAAUCGUUGUUUUUUUUAACCUAUGUUCUGUUAAAUUUGUCUAAAGCAGAAUAUGUGAUUUUUAAAUGUGAUAAUUGUUUAAUUGUUACAAUUAAUCAACACUUAAUUCUAGGGUAGUAAUAGUUGUGUUUUGCUGACUUUGUUCCACUAAUUUUAAGGAUUUUGGAACAUAAAAUAUGUUAUUGAAUAUAGGGAUUUAAUUAUAAAUGUUUGACACUUUUUAUUUUUUAGUUUAUCCUUCUUAUUAUGAAAGUUACGAGAUGUUUACGUUUCGUAAUAAAUACAAAUGUAAGUUUAUAACAGUUUGUUGGUAUUUAAUGGUGAGUAUUAGAUUCGGAAAUAAAUGACUAUAAUAGGUAUCUCAGAAAUAAAAGACCGUUAAAAUGGGGGUUUCUACCGAUAUAUCGAUAAAUUUCAUUAAAAACACACAGAUUAUUUUCGAUUUCAAUUAUCAAAUCGGUUAUCGGUUUUAUAUUGUGGUAGCAAAUAUUAGAAUAUCGGAUAUCGGAAAAAGUCAUAUUGAAACACUGAACUGUAAUGAUAAUUCAUGAAAUAAAUGAUAUUUAUACAUGAAAAAAAAAAUAAAAUUACCAGUUAAAUAUUAUUCUUCAUUAAUUUUAUAUUAUUUGAUUACCUAUUGUUUUAUUUGAGAUUUACACAUUUCUAGUACCUAUAAACAUUGUAUAUUUUACCGAUGCUUUGUUUUUUUUGCCCAAAUUAAUAAUAUAGUGUUAAACAUUAAAAAAAAUACUAACUUAUUUAAAAUAAUUUUAAUAUUAUUAGGGCCAGCGCGUGUAUUAAGUAACGAUUGGUACCAGAAAAUGAGCGACAGUAAGUUAUUUAAUCACAAUAAAUUGUUUUAAUAUUAUUGCAAUAUACAAUACCAAUGUAAUUUUGUAAUUUAAAUACCUAUAUUGAAAUUAUUUUAUUUAACGGGUGAUAUAGGUAGUAAAAAUGUAUUUUUGAAAGUUCAGUCGUUAUCUACUCUAGUUCUAAUGAAGACUUAAAAUGAAAAUGUCUCUGAAUUGAAGACGAAAAAAUUAUUUUACUUGGUUUUUUUUAGUGAAUUUUGAUUUAUAAUUUCUUGAAAAUUUAUUUGUACUUCAAAAUAUAAAAUUUUUUUUUCUAAUUCGUAAUAAUACAUUUAAUUAAUAAAUAUUUUGAAAAUAUAGGAAAUUUUAUCUUUAGUUUAAUGACAAAAUGUUUGUUUCAACAUAUUUGAUAUACCUAGUGCCUGUUAGACGGACUGCUGAGAAUGUUAUUGCGUAUUUGAUAUUAUAAUAGUAAAACUAGGAUCGUUGCGAUACAAAUUAUAAUUAUGUUAAAAUAAAUAUUUCUAUUGUUGAUGAUUGCCAUUUUAGUAAUAUAAAUUGAAAAUACUUAUACUUACUCGUUGGUUAUCUUUUUAUUUCCAGUCGCGCCAAGGAUGUGUGAAAACUAUGCCGCUUACGCUAGGAGAGUUGGUCUUAUCAAAGGUAAGUAACGGAAUCUACUAUACUUUAUAAUAUAUACUUAUAUUAUAUAAUCAAUAACCACUAUAUACCAUUCUAGGUUUACCAUAUAUGACUAAAGAACAAUUUGAUAGAUUCAUACAAGGUAUAAUAUAAAGGAUAUCUACACUAUAUUCACGUGUAUUUACAAAUUUUCUAAUAUAUUAUUAUUACCUACCAACGAUUUUAUAUGUGUAUAUAUAUAUAUAUAUAUAUAUACACAUUAUAAAAUAUGUAAGAGUAUAUUAUAAUAAAAUCAGUAUUAUCACGUGCCUAUGCUAAUUGUCAUCUAUACUUAUUUGUCAAAAUUCUAGUUAUAAAAUAGAUUCUAUAACUUUAAAUAAUAUCCAUGUACCUGUUUAAGUAUUUUACAAAUUAAUGAUCGUGGGACAUUUAUUAUUAAUUGUCUAAUAAUAUGUCUAAUAUUAUCAGGAUUGCCACUACUAGGGGAAUCUUCUGAACACUAUAAUGUUAGAGUUAAACAAAUGUGUAAGUAUUAUUAUAAAACUAGGUAUAACAAAUUUAUUGUUUAAGCUAAAAUUUACCUCUGCUACUAUAAGUAACUGUAUUGUUUAUUACACAUGUGUAUAUGAACAGUGUACAAGUGUACAUUGUAUAUAUAAUAUUUACCUGCGCCUAACAUUAUAGAGUAUUAACUAUUACAAUAAUAAUAAUAAUAUUACAAUACAAUUAGUUUAUAAACAGUAUACACACACAAAAAAACACACAUAUAAUAUUAACACCAAUUUCAUUACGUUUAGAAUCUAAAAUAAGUAUAUUUCAAAAGUGUUUAAGAAAAAUGGAUACAAUUAUAUCAGUGGUUAUUAUAUGAUUACGGGGAAGAAAAAUUAUCUGUUUAUUAUUAAGUAAAACUGUUAUUGAAAAUAAAAUCGAUUUUCUUGUAUCUUCUAUGUCUGAUCAAAAUACUAAAAAUGCAUUUGUAGUUGAAGAAGAAUCUGCGGGGAAUAAACCGUUAAAAUUGUUCGGCGUCUACGAAAGUAAUUAUUUCAUAUCAAAUAUUUAGCUAUUAAAUAUUACUAUAGUAAGGCAUUAUAAAAUACAUUAUUUUAUUCAAAUUAAUUCAAAAUUAUGAUUAUAUAAUUUAAUAAUAAAUAAGUGUGAAAUACGUUAAUUACCAAAAAUACCUAUAAUACCUAUAAAAUACAUAUAAAUGUAUAUGAACAUUUUUAAUUGUAGUUUAAGAUAUUAUCGUAUACUAAGAUUUUUCAGAACAAGGAGUAUCCUGUUGACAAUACCAACAUUGGGAUUUCAAAAAAAGAAUUUUAAAAAUUCCAUAAAUAAAUAGACUGUUAGAUAAAAUAUAUAUUAUUCUUUUUUAAGUUUAGACAGGGGAAGAGUAUUAGAGCACUAUCCAAACACCAGACGCUAUGCCGUUAAAUAAAUUAUAUUCUAUUACUCUCCCUCUGUCUAAACUUAAAACUGGAAUAUCUCAUGAAGGAGUUAACGGAAAUCAAAAAUUAUAACAACGAAAUGUAUUUUAUCUAAUAUUCCAUCUAUUUAUGGAAUUUUUAAUGUAGGUUCUUAUUUGAAAAAUCAAAGUUGGUAUUACCGCACGAUACUCCUUAAAUGUUGUGAAAAAUCUAAAUAUACGAAAAUAUCCUCUUUAACUACACUUGAAAAUUCCAAAAAUCUAAAAGUAUAAUAUGCUUAAUUUAUCCCUAAAAAUGGGAUAAGCAUGCGUAAUAAAUCACUCUGUAUGUAUCUGUUAAUGGCAAUUCAUAUAAAAAGUAACCUCCCUUCUGAUAGUUGGAUCAAAUUUAUUUCAGUGGCAUUUAGUGAUAAGGAGAAUAGCUUUAGCACUAAAAAAUUUGACUUGGCACUCUACAUAAGUCCCCUUCAUAAUUUGAUACCACUAACCUUUGGAAACGGUGCAUAAAUAGUCUCUUGGUCACUUUGAACAAAUUUAGCGUUAAUCGAAAAGGAUCGAAAAAAGGAAUGUUGCUUCAAAAUGUUCGGUACUAUGGUUAGGUUAGGUUAUAUGCUAACCCCCUCUCUAGAAUAAAGUUGAAAAUAAAUAAGAAUUUAGGUAUGUAAUGUAAGCAGAAUAGCCUUCUACCGCUCGUAUAUAAUAUAUAUAUAAUAUAUAUAUAUUAUAUAUAAUUAUUAUCAGACCAAUUACUACAAGCCAUUCAUAAGUCAGGCCAACAGGCAUUUGCCCGGUUGUAAUAUUAUAUUAUUUACCUAAAAAUAAUAAUUAUUAUAGUUAUAGAAUGGUAUUUAGAAGAUUUACACAAACAUUUCAUAAGAAGUAAGUUCGAUUUGUUUAAUCCGAAAUUCUGCAUUAUAUAACUAAUAAAUACUACUAUUGAUGGAUAUGCUGGUGCUAACAACUAUGCCCUAAAUCGUAUGGUUUCGGGUAUUAAUAUUAUUGAUAUAAAUAAAUAAUGCAAAAUGUGAAUUUUCUUUUUUCUUUUCUAGUUUCCCCGAACUUCUUUACCGAAUAUACAGAUUACGCCAAAAGGCUCCUCGAACGUAUGUAUUUUCAAGUGUAGAUCCUGCAUAUAUUAUAAUAUACAUGCCUAUAUUAUUAUAUUAUAUAGGUAUUAUAUAAGUUGUGCGCGAAUGGUUUUUAUUUAAAACAUUUUCUGAAUGUCCGAUAUCCCACAUUUAUUGUAUGGAUUAACUUAGCACAGCUCUUUUUCGGGAUUCGUAAUAAUAAGUAUCUACACUAGCUUUUAUGGAUUUAAUUUUUUUUUUUUUAACGUUUAUUAGUGUAUAUAUACAUUAUACAAUCUGUGAUAUUUACAAUAAGUAUAUAAGAGUUAAGAUAUAUUAUAAUGACAUGAAGGAAUAAGGAUAGAAGCUACCCAGCAGUAACAAUCAGAGACGAUAGAGAUUUGUUAGAUUAUGUAACUUGCAUAGGAUUUUUUAUUUUUUUUAUGUAUAAUGAGCCGAAGCACGACACCAGCACCUCUUAAGCCUUCUACCGAUUUUAUGUUUUUGUAAUAUUAUAAUAGUAUAGUAUAAGUUGUCAACAUUUUAAAUUAAUGUUAUUCGUUUUCAGAUGGAAAUCAACCGUUAGACAUAGUUCAUUUCAAUUGUCUUCAGUAUUGUAAGUUAUUUUUAGUAUAAUGUAUAGAAUAUUUAAAAAUAUUAUGUAGUGUUCGAAAAAUGAUUAACUAUUAUAAUAAAAAAGACUGACAUACUUUGGACAAUGGGGAUGGCCACUAUUAUAAUUAAGAAGUUAGGAAGGUAGGAUACAAAGAGGAAUUUAAUGUAUACCUGGAAGUCUACUCUGUUAUUGUUCGUGAAAAAAUGCGGAUGUACUUCGUAUACUUUCGAGAGAAGCGUACAUGGGUAUACUUGACUUUAGCGUUGGCCUUUAUUCUGCUAUUUUUUCUGUACGAGCAUAGUUUUUGUAUUUCUUUUGUUGAUAAAACUAGUAUUACUAGUAAAUGAUAAUUGAUGGAAUAAAUUUAGAGGUUAGUAAUAUAAAAUGUCGAGUCUGUGUUAGUAUUUUUCGAAUUCGAAUAAAGUUUUUUUUACGUUUAAAUGUAUGUUUUGAUAUCCGAAAAUUGUUACGGAAUUUUUUGUCGAAUAACCGAUAUACUUUCCGUUGACGGCUAAGGAUCAUCAAGGACGGCUAAGGGCUAUCCUUAACUGUCUACUGUCAUCAUCUCGUUCAUAAUCAAAUAAAAACAAAAAAUUUAGUCGCGCCUCAUUGAAUGUAAGUAAAAAUUUAGUACAAGGUACGUUAAAUAAAUGACCAACAGUCUACACAUAGCAACCGCAAAUAAACAAAUAAUAAUGAAAACAAUCAAUGAUAAUUGAUAACAACUUUAAAAGAUAACCAAAUCGAAUAUAAACAGGAAAGUACGCUAAGUAAGCCAACAAAGAUACCUCCCGACGUAUCAUAGUUGGCAUACUUCAAAAAAGCAUAAUACGGAACAAUACGCGAAGAGUAUGGAAAAUUAAUAUUUUAGUGGAAUAGCACUAUGCCAAGAAAGUAAGUCAAGAAUUUGAGUACUUGGCGUAGUUUAAUUAGCAGAAUAGACCCCCUGUACGCAAUGAUUAAUCAUUACUAACGAAAAACGAUUUUGAGCGGAGUUCAGCAAGAUUUCUAGUAGAAUUUUUAUACACAGUAUAAAAUAAUAAACAUCUUUGUAAAACCAAUACAUUCUUCGCUCCACUCAGAGAGGUAAUAGGCUGAUAUUAAUAUUUCUGGUAGAGUUCUAUUUCUAAGAAUUAAUUGAAGCAAAUACUUCAUAUGAGAUAGUGAACCAUUUAUAGGACUAUAUACAUUGCACUAUUGUAGCCGUGCUCUGUACUAUAUAAAAUAUUUAAUUUGUGUUGUAGAUGAAUCUGUCGUGGUCGUAGUCUUGCACACUAAUCCAAUUCACGAUAUGGGGGAAUGGGCGGUAAAAUUUAAUUCCGUAACAGUAAAACCAGCAUUCAUUACUUGUACGAUACUCUAAAAAGUAUCGAUUUGUUAUUUUCUUUUUUGUUGAAAAUUAUUUAAAAAUAAUCAUUAAGAACCGAAAAUUUCAUUGAAUACAUCACCAUCAGUGCCAGUGUUACUGCAUAUAAUAUAUUUUAAAUCCAUAUUAAAUAAAUUUAGGUAGGUGUUAUAUUAAAUAUUUAAUUAUACUUUAUAUUAGAUUGAAGUUAUUUUAAACUAUGCCAACCCAUGAUAAGAAUAUUAUAAAAAGGCAAGAAACACUCGAUAAAUGUAUAAUCAUUUUUAUACUGUAUCAGAGUAACUAUUUUAAUUUAAAAAUUAGCUUCCUCCCAACUUUCAGCCAUAUUUGAGUCAUAAAAUGUAUUUUACUAAAUUAUUGUUUUGCAGAUUUUCCGAAAAUAAAUGAAACAUACGAUGAGUUUUGUGCAAAAAUUCAGGAUUUAGGUGAGCAGUCAUUAUUAACAUAAAUUUAUUAUUAUGUUAUUAUGAGUACAUUAUAUACUAUGUAACUUAUUAAAUACUUAACUAAAUGAAAUAUUUAAUUAUGUAAAUAACUUAUGUUUAAAUAACAAUAAUUUAUAAUUUUAUAACAAAUAAACAAAAAAAUAAAAUAAAAUAAGAGUAUGCAUAAUUUGUCUUAUUCACCUAAUAAAAUCGCUGUUCGGGCACUAGAUUUUAAUUUUUUUGACGGUGUAAAAAAAUCUAUGGUAUUGAUAUCUGUACUUUUAAAAUAUAAAGAUUAAAGUUACACCAGUAAAAUAUAUAUAUAUAUACAUAAAUAAUAAAUUAAAAAAUAAUUACUAAUAAUAAUUAAUCAUAGACUAUUUUACGAAUUACAAUCAUAACAUUUUACAUUAGGCUAAUAGAACCAAUGAAUAUUAAUUAUGUAAAUAUUAAAUAUAAUCAUACUAGUAAUAGGUCAGUUAUAGGAGUGGUCAUAAAAUACAAACAAAUUAUUUAAUUUACAAAAUAUAUAUUACAUAUAUUAUAUUGUUAGGACUUCAAAUGAUAGAAAUGUAUCGACAACAACUAUUCUUCAAAUUGAAAAAAUGUGAGUUAUUUUAUCAAAUAGCUUGGCAAUCAAAUUAUAAUAAUAUUAUUAAUUUAUAUAUUUAAUUAUUUUGACGCUUCGUGCCAAGAAUAUCCUUUUUUUUCCGAGCAUGCCAUUCAAUUAUAAAAAAUAUUAUAUAUAUACCAGGUAAUUAAUUUAAGUGGGUACACUAAUUAUCUCGGAAAGUAUUAACAUUUUCCAUCACUACUUUCCUCCAACUUAAACUUAAAAGUGGAAUAUCUCGUCAAUGGAUCGACGAAAAUCAAAAAUGUCAACACUAAAAUUUAUUUUAACUAAUACUUCAUCUAUUAUGUAAUUUUUAAUACAGGGUGCCAUUUGAAAAUCAAAAGUAGGUAGUGGUUCGACCCUCCAAAAAAGGGUGACAAAAAAUAACACAAAUAUAAAAUUGUGGAGCAGCUUGUUUCUUAAAUGUUUUAGAAAAUAAAUUCCUGAAAAAACUAAAUACUUUCCGAGAUAAUUAGUUUACCUAUUUAAUUGAAUCACCUGGUUUAUAAUAUAUAUGUGUAUAUAUAAUAAUAAAAAAAUGUGUUUUAAUGUGAUGUUAUUAUUUAUUAUUAAAAAUAAAAAUAUAAUAUAAAUAUUUUAAUUUUUCGCGUGCCCUUAAAAUUUGUGCAUGUACCAUCUCGGGCCACUAUUAUUAAUAAUUUAUUGUAGAUAUAUCUGUAAGCAACGAUUAACCAUUAACCAUCUUUUCAGAAAAAUGCUAUCAUUAUAAAUCAGAGCGAAAUUACUGAUAAAAAAGGAAUUCACAGAUAAAAAAAAAAUAAGCACCAUUGUAAAACCAAUACAUUCCUCAUUUCCUCGCUCCGCUCAGAAUCUAAAAUGUAAUAUAAAUAUUUUAAUUUUUUGUGUGAUUUCUAAAUUCACGUACCAUCUCGAUCCAUGGAUUUACGAUCUCUAUUUAUUAAAUUAUUUAUUAAUUUAAAUUCAAUUUACCUUAAACGUAAUGAAAGUAUACAAUUUGGUUAUUGGUUUAUAUGUUGAUAAAAAAUGAAAAACAAUAAUUGAACAUAAAACAUGAAAAAAUAAUUGUAUAUACAAAUGCAUUGAACACCGACAAAGUAUAUUAUGUUAAAUUGUUUGAAUUGUUCAGUUUAUCCACGUGUUCAUCAUCAUUCCUACGAGGCAUACCUUUUGGAAAUAGGUAUGAUAUUAUACAGUCUAUUUUUUUUAUAUGAGAUUAUUAUACAGUUAUACAAAUCAAGGUUAAGUUACUUUCACUCUGUUCCCUAUUUAUUUAAUUCUGUAACAAAUUUAAAUGCAUUUGAAGGAUUGGAAUAUCCCAAUGACGAAGAUUACAUAAAUGUAAACUGUAAGUAUAUAAAACAUAUAAGUACCAUAUUUGAAGUGUCUAGGAAUAUCUUCCUUGAUGAUUUUUUUAAAUUUAUUGUUUUUUAAAUAGAUACUAUUUAUCAACAAAAGUCAUUUUUUGAUUUGAGGAAAAUUUUUGGGAAAAAACCAAUCGAUACACUUAAAAUCUAAAACCCACAGCACACGACGCUUGUUUUGUAUGAAUUGGAUGUUGGGAACUAUAAUAAUUCUUGAGAUGCCAUAAUGGGUACCUUAAUAGGUCUGUAGUGAGAUCACGUGUGGAUUUCGUGAUAGAAAUUGUCCUAUUUCGGUGCUUGAUUCUUUAAUGAAUUGAACGCGACCGACUUAACUUAUAAGUGAUAUUUUGUUUUAUAAAGCAGAAAACUAGCCCAGCAAUAACACCGUGUGAUACAAAAGCGAUUAGCUAGAUAUCUCGGUUUUCAUCGCUAUUUUCAGCUGGUGAUACAGUAGCAAAACAAGCGUCGUGUUCUUUGGGCUUAAAAUGUAAUACGUAUACGGUAAACAUAUUUUACAACAAAAACAUGUCACAAUAAAAUACCAGUAUAAACUAAUAUCCAUAAUAUUAUUAUGCCUCUCUUUAGAUAACUCACCAAAAUUGACAAGAGCUGAAUUUAAUGAAUACAAACUAAGUGAGUUGAUUACAACUUAAAAUUAUUUAUUCUAUACUACACUCAGUGGCACACCAAAGAUUUUAAUAAACUGUGG